CGCCAGCCCGAGGCUUGAGCCCAGGCCGAGCGGCGGGGCGGGGCGGCGGGGAGCGCCGCGGCCGAGGGGGGGAGGCGGAGGCAGAGGCGGAGGAGGGACCCCCCCUCUCUCUCCUUGCCUCCCUCCCUCCCUCCACGGUCUCCUCCCCGAUUGCCCCCCCUCCUCCCCCCGUCGACCGCCGCCGCCGCCGCCGCACGGGGAGGCGCUGUGGGGACCCAGACUGAGCGCGGAGACGGGCCGACGGACCGAGGCCGGCCCCAGGCGCCCGCUCCCCGGCGCCCGCUCCCCAUGGAUAGGAACUACCCCAGCGCCGGCUUCGGGGAUCCGCUGGGCGCCGGCCCGGGAUGGAGCUACGAGCGCUCGGCCAAGGCCAGGUCAGGCCGACGGACGGGGAAGGAUGGGGAGACGGGAGGGGGGAGGAGGGAAAGGGAGAAACAACCCCCCCCCCUCUCGCAGUCCCGGGCAAGCGCUGGGUGGGGGGGGGUCAAAGAGGGAACCCCCCCUCAGCCAGCCCCUCCUCGCCUGCUGCUUCUCCUUCGCGGGCCUCCACUUCUGGGCCUGGGAAAGCGGGGUGGUGGAUGGGUGGGGGGAAGCGGGGUGCAGAGUGCGGGGUGGGGGCCCGAGGGAAGGCCAGGAGUAACCGAGGAUGUGCGCUUUUUGCCCCCCCCCCCGAAGGCAUUUGGGGGGACCUUCCUCGCGUCGGGAGGGUUGCCUUGUGCAAAGUGGGGGGAGGGAGGGAGGGAGAGAAGAGGCCUCUAGGCCAUGCAGAGGAAUGGGGGAGCCACUGAGGCGCACGGCUCCCCGCGGCGGCGGUUGGAAGUGGGGGGGGGGGUGUUUUACACGCGAGUGUGUGUGCAAAGGGUAAGGGGGGGUGCAAGGGAAGGUGAGGAUCCUCGGGCUCCCCACCCCCCACCCCGUGCAAGGCAACCCGGCAACCUCUGCAGGGAGAAACUGCUCAGUUCCAUGCAGGUGAGAAAGGAGCAGGGGGAGAGAAAAGGCGCUGUGUGGUGGGGAUUUUUUUGGGGGGGGGGCGGUCCUCUGCUUCCUUGCCCCUAGGGAUACACACGCUGAGAGGUGUCCGGUGGGGGACACUCCUUAUCCCCUUCCAUGAUGCUGGCGUUGCAUCCCCUGGAUUUCCUUCAUACGAUGCAAGAAGCUUUUGCAACUCCCACCUACAUCCGUGUUUGGGGGGGGCAGGGAACGUGGCCCUGGGAAAAUCAGCCUUCCUUGGAGAAUUGUUCUCCUUUGCUAGGAGGACUGUGCAGAACUGAUCUCCCUCCUGCCUUUUAGGAGGCUUUGCAUUUGGGGACCUCUCUCCACAUUUCAGCAUUCUUGGCACCAGAAGAGAAAUCCUGAGCCAGGGCUUCUCACAAAGUGGGAGAAUCUCCCCCUCUUUUAUUCACAUGGUGACAUGUAUGUACCCCCUUGUGCAGUGUGGUUCAGAGUGAGGUUCCUUUGAAUUUGUGUGUGGAUAUCUGGUGUUGGAAGUUUUAGAAUAUAGGAUAAGCCCUUUGGUUGGGGGAUGGAGGCGAAGAUAUAGAGGUGUUUGUAAAAGGCUUGGGGAGGUACGCUCUAAAUGAAGGAAGGAAGUGCAGGACAUUGGGAACCCCCUAUGUUUCCAGAGACUUCCCUGUGAAAUAAGGCUCAGAUGGGGGGGGGGCAAAUAUCCUGUGACCCUCUUUAUGCUGUGCUUCUUAACUGGGACACAUAUCCUCUGUGUGGUUUAUGCCUGUGAUGGCAUCGUUCAGCCGUAGAAGAGAGCCACAAUAGGGGGGAGUUGGCCACCUGAAUCUCUGAGACCUAGUGGAGGAGGGUGGAGGCCUUUGAAUCUUCGAACUUUAGAUCUCUGGCUAUUUGUUCCUGGGAAUGCUUCUUAGGAAUGAAAAUAACUUGUGGGGGAGUUCCACCAAGUACAGAUCUGACCUACCCCAUUUACUAAGAAAAGUGGGAGAAGAUUGGCUACACAAAUCCGCAUCCCCAUUGAUACAAGACACAUCCCACUUGCUCUCUCAGAGAGAAAUACAAUAGCCCUGCCCCCUCCCUUUUGAAGAACCCAGUUAUUUGGAUCCUUAUACCCUUUUCAUACCUCUGCUCUGACAAAUUAGGGCAGGCUCCCUCCAGAUGUUUUGGACAAUACAACUCGGACUGGCUGGGGCUGAUGGGAGUUGUAGUCCAAAACACCUGGAGGGCACCAGGUUGAUGAAGACUGUAUUAGGCCUUGCUGCCCGCUAGGAGAACCCAAGAAUGCUGAUUCCAAUAAUUCCUGCUCUCUUUCUGUAAGGAGUCCUGUAUCCCUAAUUCCGCCUCUCCUCUAAAGAACCUAGCAAGAGUGGAAUGGUCUUUACUCCCUUCCAGUAAGCGGCAAGGGUCAUAGCUCACCUGCUUUGCAUGUGGAUGGUCCCAGAUUCAAUCCCCAGCAUCUCCAGGUAGGACUUUCUGGGAGAGACCCCAUAUCUGAAAGGCCAGAGAGCCACUGCUGGUCCAUGUACACAACACUGAGAUGGGGGGACCUAAUAGGCUGUCUCGGAAUAAGGCAGCUUUCUAUGCCCCAAUUUCUUGCUCAUUUCCCACAACAUUCAGGAGUUCCAUCUCUCUCUUUUUUGCACCAGAGGCCAGUUUGCUUCUUCUUCAUCCCCUUUCCCAGUAGUGCUUUUACAGGUAAGGAGUGCAGAAGGAUGGCGUGUUGUGCCGUGUUACUUCCACACAUCUUGUGCAAACUGUUUGAGGCAGCCCUCAUGCUUGUUAGCCUUUGAUAAGAAAGUGGCAAUCUGAGAAUUCAUUUAAAUGUGACACUGGCCACAAGAAGCGCUUAACCCAUAUAAACAUUCCCUGAGGCCGCCAUCCAUCUCGUAUAAAUGCACUUACUGCGUGUGCUGCCACACAUGGGAAGAGCGCUAGUGUAGCAGUGGUCCACGCAGGUGCGUUGCUGGAAUGCUUGUGCUGCUGGAACACGUGUGUGCCAGCACAUGCACACUUAAAUGUGCAUACUUGUGUCCAGUGUGCAUUAUGGAUUUCCCUUGCAGCAAGUGAAGGACCAUGGGAGAGGCAAGGUGGUGGGGCUCAGAAUCCCUGGCUUCCCUUGCAGUAUAUGGUCCAGUGCUUUAAGAAUAGGGGAUUUUCAGAGGCAGCGCUUUAGAGUUUUCUGGGAAGGGGAACUGGGGUCAAGUGAAGGUGGAGAAAUGAGGUAUCAGAUUCCAGACAAGCCACCUCAAAGAUUCUUAGUGGGGCACUGCUCCAGUGUUUAUUUGCAGGGGUCAUGGCUUUAGACAUGUACGUAUGUAUUUAUACAUUAAUCUCAAAUGGGCCAAGGAGCAGAGUGAGACCACCUGGGCACAGAUUGUCUCCAAUGUACAAUGUGCAUGCAGACAUACAGGAAGCAAAUCAGGAGGCUACAUUUAUUACCUCUCACAUUUAUUGUUGCAUUAUCUACCCCAAAGGAGCCAUCCUCUGGUGCGUACAAGCUUUUGGCUUCUCCUCAGCUUGUCUCCCUGAAGAACCCUCUUCCUCCUUUUUUCUCCUCCUGCCCCUGGGACAAGGGCUGCUGAGGGAUGAACUAUAUUUAUUGUGCAGUUCAGUUACAUUUGUGGAACAGUUGUGUUUGUGGCUUAAGGUGGGGGGCUCAUCAUCAGUAUGUCAAAACAUGGAGAAUUCUUGGCCUUUCUUACUUACUGCUGUCUUGGUGGGGGUGACCUUUUAGAAGCUGAUUGGGAUCACCUUCAUUUCCUUUUGAAAGUACAGGUAUGUAUUUGGUACUGGGCAUGGGACAGCAGCUUCUGCCCCUGCUGCAAGGUGCAUCUGUGUGUACAUAGAAUACAUUUCAGUCAAGUCUCUGUUCCCUUUGCUCCCAGUGCAGUAGGACUUUACCUGUCUGAGGCUAGCAAUCAGAGUUUCCAGGUUGGAGGGCAUGUUUUCUAGGUAGUCUUUGGGCCUGAGGUGAGUUGGUUCUGUGGCUGUGUCUGCGAAUGACUUUGAGGCAGUCUUGAAAAUAAAUCUGUAAAAGUUGCUCGCCCAGUAAGUUUGUAUUAUCUGCCAGCCUGCAUGCACAAUCUUUGAUGUCAGGCUCAUCAGUAGUCUUAAGUGGAAAGUGCUCUUUUUCCAGUUGACAGAGGCUUUCUGGCCUUCCUUAGGAAUCACAAGCAACCUAGACCAGUGGCUGUUUAGCGGCCUGUUUGGAGGCAGCAAGAGGCUGAGUUGGUGUGGUGGGCAAACUUUUUGGCCGAGGAAUCAAGCCUAUAACAUCCUUUGCUUUGUUUCCUAGUGGAGCUUUGUACUUUGGUCUGUUGAGUCCCCCUCAUUCGUAACUUAAGUUUUUGACGUGUUUCUCUUAGACUUAAUUUCCACCUCACACCCAAACCUGCCUCUGGAACUCUGCAUCUGACUUUAAAAAGCUCACACUCUCCUUUGCAGGUUUGUGAUGCUCUUAUGUCACAAGGCAGUGAUACUGAGUGUGUAGGCUUUGGCUUUGGGGUGCGUUUCCUGUAGAUGUUUCAGCCUGCAGGGUGAGUGCUCCUUCUCUCGUAAAUUACGCUUUGACUACCGUGUGUCCACCUGAGUGUUAUAUAUUCUGUCUCAUAGCGUGAUGAUUCUGUCACCACCACACAAACCCGCAACAGAUAAAGUUAGUGUGCUUUCUAAUACAGUUGUGUGUGGCGUUCAUCUAGAGAGUACCCCACUGCUGGGACUUGUGUGCCAUACCUUUAUUUUUAAAACGUUCUCCGAGGCAAUUCAGAUUUUCUGUCAAGAAAAGCGGAGUUUGAAAACUUGCAUAAAUGAUGCAGAUUUGCAUGUGUUUUGCUUAUUUUGCCUAAUUUGUGCAGCUUCAGAUAAGGAGAAAGGCGAAGGAGCUACUAGGCAGGCUGCCCAAGCGCAGAGAUCCAACUCUACCAGCUUUGGAGACUUCGCUAGGUGCUGAAACCCAUCUUUGCAUCAUCAUUACGGGACAGAUGUUUCUCAGGAGACUGUGCCCAGCACGCAAUAUUAAAUACUGUGUUUGCACAGUAGUGCAUACUGUUCACAGCUCUUGUCCGUUGCCAGCUUGUAUUCCUGCACUUGGGAAUACUAGAAAGCUGUGUGGUGUGUUUAUAUCAGGGGUCAGCAAGCUUUCUUAGCAGGGGGCCAGUCCACUGUCCCUUAGACCUUGUGGGGGGCUGGACUAUAUUUUGGGGGAAAAUAAUAAUGAAUGAAUUCCUAUGCCCCACAAAUAACCCAGAGAUGCAUUUUAAAUAAAAAGACAUAUUCUACUCAUGUAAAAACAUGCUGAUUCCCAGACCGUCAGCAGGCUAGAUUUAGAAGGCGAUUGGGCCAGAUCCGGCCCCCGGGCCUUAGUUUUCCUACCCAUGGUUUAUAUCCUGCCACAUAUGGAUUGUUGGACUGGCAAUCUCUUGAUGUUACCCUUGAACUUGCAGCACUACAUGCACAUUUGUGUUUGCCCUCCCUGAGAUGCAUCCUACCAUAACUUAAUUCCGCUCCCCACCGUCUCCGCUUCCUGUGUCCAUGGCUUGCUUAUUCCUGUGCAUCAUUUUGCAUGGAUCACACACCUUGUUCUGCAGGCAUUUGAACACAAUUAACCAAUAGCUGUUGGAUUUGUGGCUGCACCUGCAAGACCUGCAUUUAGGGAGUCCACUUGCAGGCUGCACUCAUGGAUUGUAAUACAAAAGUUCUGCAAGUAGAACAUCGGGCCAGUUGUCCUUUCAGUUAUGUUGUGGGUGCUUUUUGUGCAAUGCAUUUUCACCUGCAAUGAUUGUAUUUGCGUAUCAUGUAGCUUCUGUGGAGGAACUAAGUGGUUGGGACAACGAUGCAUGUGUUUCUGUACAGUUGCAUCUACAAAACCUUAUGACUAUCAUUGGGCUCCAGAGCUCUUAAGUGCACGUUCCAUUAGCUUACAUGGAAUCCUGCAUGUAUGUGUGUUUCUCAAAAACUGCAAGUUUCUAGUUCUCAUGGGGCUAGGGAUUAUUUGAACAAAGCUCAAGUUGAUUCCUUUCCUUGGGGGGAAAAUCCUGCAAUCUUUAUUUGCCAACCACCUUUCUCUGUUCCUGUUUCCUUCCACCUUAUUUGUUGUUUCUCCACGCACACGCAUACCAUAUUAAGAAAGACAGGGUGGCAAAGCAUGCUCAUUUGUAACCUUUUAUUUGCUGUUAAAAUUUUCAGGUGCACACUUCUGCAGGUGCCUGGCUGCAUCCUGGUGGGGAAUACCCCAUCUUUGCUGUUCCUCCUUUCCCCACUACAGACAGCUGAACAUGCAUCUUAGGCUCCAAUCACAUGUCGUGUAUUCUCAAAUAAUUCCUUACAAACCCUCAAUAACCACAACUCCCACCUGUAUGAUGCUGGAAGCAAUCCCUGUAGAAAGGUUGCCCCGCAAGAGAGGAAGAAAUCUUGGUAGUAUUCUAGGUUGUGGUUUCCUGGAAAGCGGGGGGGUGGUGUCCAACUCUGAUAGGUGGUGGUGUGUUUUUUUAAGUAAACAAUCCAGGAGUAGGGAUAUCUAUUUCACUUUAAACUGUAGUCUAUAUUAUUCUCCUUCCUAACUUCAGCUUCUCUGUAUUAGAAGUGAAGAGAACGGUAUUUAACAGUUUCAACUAGUGUUGUUUGUGUGAACAUGGUGCUUGCAUUUAAUGCUAAUGAUAUUUUACUGCUGUUCUGCAUUUCUUGCAAUAAAACGGGCUACAUUUAAAGCAAUAUCAUACCACUUUAUUAACAGAUCUUGCUUCCCCCAAAAGAAUCCUAGGAACUGUAGCCUGUUACAAACUCUGAGAGCUUUUAGGGGACUCUUAUUCUCUUCACAGAGCUGCGGUUUUUAGUGUGAUUUAACAGUAAGCCUCCCAAUGUAAGGCAGGCAUAGGCAAACUCCUGCCCUCCAGUUGUUUUGAGACUAAAUUCCCAUCAUCGCUGACCACUGGUCCCGUUAGGCAGGGAUGAUGGGAAUUGUAAUUCCAAAACAUCUGGAGGGCCGGAGUUUGUCUCUGCCUGCUGUAAGGGAAAUAAGAGUCUCCUAACAACUCUCAGAGCCCUUAACAAACUACAGUUCCCAGGAUUCUUUGGGGCAAGCCUUGGCAAUUUUAAGUGGUAUGAUACUGCUUUGAAUGUAUAGUGCAAGUGGGUCCAGGGUUAGGUUUGUAGCCCUCUGCCACAAAGGAUUUGUCCGUAACGUCAUUCAUCAUCCUCAAGCUACUCUGGGAAACGGGUCACUCGUCUUCCUCAGUUGCAGGUGAGGGAAACUGUUGCUCAAUAAACAACAUUGUAAUAUUUAAAUAUUGUAAUAUUUAAAAAAAUAUUAAUAAAUAUCUCAAUAAAGAAGACCCACUGACUUGCUCAGCAUCCUCUCGUAGCUCCCAGAGGUCCAGUGGUUUAUCAGCUGUUGCUUAUGUCAUCUGGGUUUUUUGGAAGGGUGCGACCUCUUUCCUUCUGCCAGGAGCUGUGUAGCUUAUUAGUGGCAGGCCUUGUAGGCAAGAUCCAGUGUCCUGAGCAGGGAGAGGGCUAGGAUAGGUGGUGUUUGGGCCUGGGGGGGCCUGAACUCAAGUGUUGACCCAUGUUUUGUGUUUAUUGUGUGGCCUCGGAAAAGUCACACACUCUCAGACUCAAUCCCCAGGCUCUGUGCAGUGGGAACAUCAGUGGCCUGCCUAACUGGAUUGUUGUGAGAGUGAAUUUAACAGAGGUCGUAAAGCACUCCUGCAAAUUAAAAGUGUUACUAUACCGCAACUGAAAAUGGUAUAGAGCAAAAUUACCUCCUUCUGCAGACACCCGAACGGAGCAUGUCUCGCAUGUGUGGAUCCAAUCAUCUGAAUCUUUCUGCCUAGUUACUAGAGUUCACUGGUAUGAUAUGCAUUUGCUUUGCCAUCUCUGCCGAAAGGGCUUUCCCCAUCAGCUACUGUGCUUAAGUGAGGAAUCGGCGCUUAGUGCAGAAUUGGGAGAGUUCUCUGUUCUGUGCUAACCGUCACCAAGGGAGGCUUGAUUUCUAUUCGCCAUGACGGCUGUGCUCUUACCUCCACAGUUGGAGGCAGCAGUGUCUCUGAACACCAGUUGCUGGAAAUCACAAGAGGGUAGAGUGCUCUUGUGCCCAAACCUUCCUUGCUGCUUCUCUCCAGGCAACUAUUCAGCCCCUGUAGGAACAGGACGAUGGACUAGACGGGCCACUGGCCUGAUCUGGCAAGCUGUGUUUACGUUUGUGUGCGUCUUUCUCUUUCUCUGCCUCGGGAUGGUUUUCCAUUCAGCUUGUUGACACAGUGCUCUGUAGCAAGCGAGACAGUGAGGAGGGUGAAUGAAAGACUCUCUUAUUUCCUGUUUCCUGUAACCCUUCGCAGAAUGGCCCUCUCGUGGUUGCUACAGUGCAGUCCAUCCCUCGGCUGCAGGCAGGCAUGCUGUGUGCAAAGGGGGGUUUGCCUGCUUUCAUGGCCAGCCGCCUCCUUCCUUGCCCUCCCUGCCUCGCUUUUGCAUUGCAACCUCUGUAGCUCCCUGCGAGUCUCCCCGCCCGCUAGCAGGUAGCUGCAUUCCUGAGACAGGCGCGCUCGCUGCUGCUACCAAGAUCCCUUGUACCACCUGGGUUCCUCCCUGCAAAGAGGGGUGCACACCCCACGUGGCUUCUCCUGUCCCAAAGCUGUGCUUGCGUUUCCUGCACGGCACGUGCAUAAUUGUGCGUGUGUGUCGAGGCAUGUGCCACAUUUCAGAAAAUAAGUAACGGUGGCAGGUUGGUUUGGCGCUGGGAGGAGGGGAGUGGCAGCGUUGUACAUAAUUAGGCACAUGAAGUGUUUCCCAAAGGGAGUGCGGAAAGAAAGAGAGCAUGGCCUGGGUGUUGUGUACAGAAAGCUGGGAGAGUGGCGGGUGUUUUGUGAAGGAAUACCCCCCCCAAUAAAUAUUGGCAAACCUGUGUGGCAUACCAAGCCCUUCUGCCACAUUAUUUACUGCCCCAAGUGAAUAGCUGCCUGCGGUUUAGAGUGCAGUGCUGUACUCUCUUAACCCCAUUCACUUCAGUGGGACUUACUUUGGAGUAGCCUGUACAGUGGUACCUCGGGUUAAGAACUUAAUUCGUUCCAGAGGUCUGUUCUUAACCUGAAACUGUUAUUAACCCGAGACACCACUUUAGCUAAUGGGGCCUCCAACGCCAACACGUGAUUUCUGUUCUCCUCCUGAAGCAAAGUUCUUAACCCGAGGUACUAUUUCUGGGUUAGCGGAGUCUAACCUGAAGCAUCUGUAACCCAAGGUACCACUGUAUAGGAUUAAAUUUUAAGUGUGUUAAAUCCAAGCGGCUGGGAGCUCUAGCACCUGUGAUUUCUGAUAAGAGCAGCCGAACUGUCAGCUGGGCACAUAUAUUUGGGGUGGGGGCAAUGGGAGAGUAUUGACUUUUUCUUUUUCUUUUUUUCUUCUAAAGGGGUGGUGAAAUCCAGUGCUUUAGAGCAGGUGCUUAAGAGGCAGGGCCUGGGAAAGGGGAUUUUUGCGGCUUAGAGCAGGGAGCUGGAAGCAAGGCUUUUUGAGCUCUCAGUUUUCUUGACCUGGUCAUUUUUUUAAAGAGUGCAUGUGUGUGAGAAUAUUUCUACAAAUCAUCCAAGGUGGAAAUGUGUGUAUGUGUGUGAAGAGAAGAAGAAUUUCAGGUAAAGGACAAGAGUCAGCAGCAUCAGAAGCAGGGCUGAACUGGCUGGGUUGCAGAUAAGGAAAGAGAGAGAGAGAGAUCUCAGCAGCACCUACAGCUGAGGAAGCAGGUCAGGAAAGAGGGGCGUUCUUCUGCGAGCUGCGAUUGCUGCGUUUUGGCCGCUGGGCUAGACAGCUGCGUCUCCCUGUGCAAGGCAGGGGAGAGGAAGGGAUGCGGGUCACAUGCAGAGGCUGUGGGAAACCAGGAGGUGGGGACUACAUUUCCCAUCAUGCAUCACUGGUUACACAUUCCAGUCUCUUUUCCUGCAUAUGUGAGUUGCUAAUGAAAGAGGAUAGAGUGGGGGGAGUAUGCUUGGGGUAGUGGGAGGAGGUGCCUUGAUCUUUUUCCGAGCAUCUAAACAAAGCAAGGCGAAACCUCCUGGUGCCUGUGGUGUUUCAGUAUCAACUGUGUCACUUUUGAACGUGCAGCGUGUUUUGGCUUAAUGUAAUUAUUUCGUUCCUCUCAAAUGAGGGCAUUGGUGUGCCCAUUUUAUGGGUGAGGAGCUCACGCCCAUGGCUGCGCAAGGUCACCUAGAAAGUUAAUAGCCGAGCAGGAUCCUGAACUCUAGAGUGCAUGUUCUAGACCCCGCACUUCUGUGCACUCGAAAUUAAAGAAUCCCAUAUAAUUGGGUUCCUUGACCUCAGCCACUACCAGGCUUUCCGCUGAUAAGCUUUGCAUGAAACCUUUUGUGCAUAUAAUCAGGAUGUCCAAACUGUGUGAAGUGCAUCAGAUGAUCUCAGCCACAUUUCAGCCACAUUCCCAGAGAAGUUGCCAAGUCUGACCAAGUCUUUUCUCUGUGUCUUUGUCCUUCAGCCUGGUGUACGGUGGAUCCCGGAGCUCACACCCAGACACGGAUAUCUUACACCGCCAGGCGUACGCCACCCCCCAUCCUCUGCAGGGCUACGCCACAAACCACCACCCGGCAGGUACUGUGGUUCUGUUUCUCUCUCUCCAUUGGUGUUUCUCUUUAUGCACAUGUGUUUUAACCAAGCCUCCCCUUCCUUCCUCCUCUCCCCUCUCGCUGUGCGUUCGUCCUUCUCUUGCAAGUGCGAAUGACCGUCAUGCCUAAGUUCUCUUCCCCUGGUUCACCUUGAUUGCACUCCUUUUGCCCUACACUUUCGGGGCGAAUUCAGGUUACAGUGAUGCAGUCAGUGGUACUUCUGAAAUGCAAUUGCUGCGAACCACAAGAGAGUAGGGUGCUCCUGAACUCAGGUCUGUUUGGCUGCUCUUGAGAGCAGGGUGCUGAAUUAGAUGAGUCAGAUCCAGAAGGGCUCUUCCUCUUACAGCAUUUUUUAAAAUGUGCUUAGCGCGCAGGGCAUUCUCUUUUAACCCAAAGCAGAGGAUGGGAAUCCAGAUCAGAACUGUGGCCUGGGAGAAAGGGGAUCUAAUCCUUUUCUCCAUGCCCUUUCCCGGCCUCUCCGCCCAAAGCUAUUAAUUUUCUAGAACAAAGAAACCACGCUUCUCUUUCCCAGUCCCCACUGCUGUUGAUUUCGAUCAAGAAGUACCGUAUUUUUCCAUGUAUAACACCUCCCCAUUUAUAAGACGACUGCUAUUUUGGGGGACCACAGCAAAAAUGGGGGGGAGAUUGCCCAGAGUUGUUGAGCUUUUUUGGGGGGAUUGCCACGGCCAACAAUCAUCAGCACGCUGACCGCCAAAAGCCCACCUGCCCACUUGAUGCAACCACAGCCGAUUGCACGCACGACUCGCCGCUGUCGUAAAUAGACCACCCAGUUGCCAAAGCCAAUCAUCAGCAGGCCUUGCCGCAGCAACCAAUCACACGCCCAAUUGCCACUGCCAAUCUCCUGCUGGCUGCUGCCACCAAUUGCCCGUCCUCCCUCUGCUGUCCGUGUAUAAGACGACCCACAAUUUUUGCCUAUUACUUCUAAGGAAAAAAUAUCGUCUUAUACACGGAAAAAUACAGUAACGUGCCUGUGCUCAUCACACAAAAAGAAACAGUCUGGCCAAUGUAAAUUAUAAUUUGGCUCUCACUUUAUGGGUUUCCACCAGAGCCAGUUUUCUGACCUUCCAGCCCGUCAGUUUUGUCUCAGUUCCUCAUUUGUCCUUCAUUUCCUGCUUUUUCUGACUUCUCCCCUCUCCCUUAGCAGCCACCUGCCUAGCUGUCUAUAACUUCUCAUUUCUCCCCCUUCUGUCUGUGCAUGCCUCGCUCUUGGCUGAGUCUCCCCUUCGCCACCAAAACAAACAAACUAAAAAAAACCCCACCCCCAACCCUCUGUGGUUGGUGUGUCUUCUAAUGGUACCAAUGUUUCUUCAUCCUUUUGCUGCUCUGUACCACUGUCUGUCUUGAGGCUCUCCUGUCUGUUCAAAGUGGUACUCCCCUUCCUUCUGUAUCAGGCGAUUUGGCACUUCAGGCCCGGAGACCAACUGCGGCCCUCAAAACUCUCUUCUCUGUCCCCUGACCCACACUCUUCACUGGCUUGCCUUCAUACGCAGAAAGGUUUUGUCCUGCUGGAAAAUGUCAUUGAACUUUGAUAAUGCCUUGUGUUUCCUGGAUGGAAGACAGAGGGGGGCAUGGAUAGAAACUAGUCUACAGUACAAAGAUAAAAUCCACAUUUUAUUUACAAAGAUUAAAUUUGCCAAGAUAAAAUUUACAUGGACUGAAAAUUAAAGAGGAUGGGACAGGAAAAAUCUUGGACAAAGUGGGCUGUGCAGUUAAGAAGUAAAGGGAAAACAUCUAAAGAAAGUGAACUAUUAGGUUUUCAUACACUCAGAAAGAAGGAAAGGAAAUUUAUUUUAGAAAUAAUUAUUGAUCUUUUGUGGAUUGACAGUUUGAUGAGCAAACUCACUUCUAGAUAUCUGAAAUGUUAUAAUAUUGUACGUGCAGGAAUUGGCAAAUGGAUAGCUGAUGGCUAAAGAAAAGAAGUUAAAAAUGACAAAAAAUAUUGUAAUAUAAGGUUAACUGUUGGGAGUGGAAUGUGAAUUAGAAAUAAUUGGGAAAAUCAAGCAGCAACAAGACAAUAUUAUGGACACAUCGAGAACAGACUGCAGGAAACCUAUUUUGGAAAAUUGAAUUUAUUUUAAUUUGUGGUUGAUUUGUUGAAAUUUGGAAAAUUAAUGAAAAUGUUUUGGCUUUUUUUUUUUUUUUUUACAUUUGUUGCUCUGCCCCGAUUUGCCUCUGGCCAUACCUACCACUAUCAUGUGGCCCUUGGAUUGUUGCCUCGAAUGGAAUGCGGCCCUCGGGUAGAAAAAGCCUCUCCACUUCGGAUCUAUCUUUUCUUUCUUGCUGUAUUUCGGCCCCUUACCUCCUUUCUCAUUCUCGUUUUCCCCCCAGGUCUCUCUGGCCUGUUCGAGACAGGGCUCCAUCAUGCCAGCAGUGCCACCCCGGACGCCUCUGUCAUGAAUCUCAUCUCAGCGCUGGAGUCUCGGGCACCUCAGCCGGGCCCUUCUGCCUCUUCCCUGCUCUCCCAGUUCCGCACCCCAUCCUGGCAAACAGGUAACUACCCCAGCACACCUUCUGGUGGCACAGAAAGGACAGGGGCCUUCUGCUCAUCGUGGGCUGGGCUGAGCUUUCACGAGAGGGCUUUUGUUGAUGCACUGGUGUACAAAACACCUGGUGGCUUUGUUUUACCUCCACUAUCAGAGCACUAUGCCUCUGAACACCAGUUACUGGGAAUCACCAGUGGGCAGAAUGCUCUUGUGCUCAUGUCCUGCUUGCAGGCUUCCUACAGGCAUCUGGUUGGCCACUGUGAGAACAGGAUGCUGGACUAGGUGGGCCUUUGGCCUGGUCCAGCAGGACUCUUCUAUCCUUAUGUUCAUAUAAAGGUAAAGGUAAAGGGACCCCUGACCAUUAGGUCCAGUCGUGGCUGACUCUGGGGUUGCGGCGCUCAUCUCACUUUAUUGGCCGAGGGAGCCAGUGUACAUGUGACCGGGUCCUGUGGCCAGCAUGACUAAGCCGCUUCUGUCCAACCAGAGCAGCGCACGGAAAUGCCAUUUACCUUCCCACCGGAGCGGUCCCUAUUUAUCUACUUGCACUUUGACGUGCUUUCAAACUGCUAGGUUGGCAGGAGCAAGGACCAAGCAACGGGAGCUCACCCCGUUGCGGGGAUUCGAACCGCCAACCUUCUGAUCGGCAAGUCCUAGGCUCUGUGGUUUAACCCACAAUGCCACCCAUGUCCCUUAUAUGUUCAUAUAACACCAGUCUUAAAGGAUCUGCAUUGGCUCCCAGUAUGUUUCCAAGCACAAUUCAAAGUGUUGGUGUUGACCUUUAAAGCCCUAAACGGCUUUGGCUCUGCAUACCUGAAGGGGCGACUCCACCCCCAUUGUUCAGCCCGGACACCGAGAUCCAGCUCCAAGGGCCUUUUGGUGGUUCCUUCUCUGCAAGAAGUGAGGUUACAGGGAACCAGGCAGAAGACUUCUGGGUGGUGGUGCCUGCCCCAUGAAAAGCCCUCCCAUCAGAUGUCAAGGAGAUAAACAGCUAACUGACUUUUAGAAGACAUCUGAAGGCAGUCCGGUAUAGGGAGGUUUUUUAAUGUUUGGUGCUAUAUUAUGUUUUUAUAUGUGUUGGAAGUAACUCAAGAGUGGCUAGGGUAACCCAGUCAGAUGGGAGAUGGGCGGCAUAUUAACAACAACAACCUCUGAUGGGAGGGACCAGGUGGUAGAGUGUCGUCUCUUGAGCAGGGGUCGCCUGUAGCGUUGGGUGAUGACUCUUGAUCCCAUCUUCCCAAGGCAAGGAGCCUUUCCCUUAAUCUGUACCUGCUCCUGAUCUUAUCGGGAGCGAACAUGGACGCUUCUGCAUGCAAAUCCCAUGCUCUUAUUGCUGAGCUGUAUCCUGCAUCGCAGAAACCCUGUCUCAACAAUGAGGCGCAAGGCCAGCCUGCCUCGACAUGCCUUUCAGGAGCGUGUUUUGUUGACUUUUUGGGCACAGCUUACUCCUCCUCUUGUGAGUAGGCCAAGCUCCGUGCCUUUACCCCCCGCCUCCCGUGUCAGUGCCUUGCAAAUCCUGCAGCUCUGUGCCGAGAAAUCCAACUAAUCCGCUGCUUUUGUUUCUUGCAGCCAUGCACACUCCAGCGCCCGCCGAGCUCUUCAUCUCGGGGGCCCUCCCAGGCUCCGGCACCUUCCCCUCCUCGUCGGCACUCUCCGCUUACCAGCACCCAGCCUCCUUCAGCGGGCGCAGCUUCCCGGUCACUUCCUCGCUCACCCUGCAGGAUGCCACCUUCAGCCCCACCUCCAACGGCCUCUUGUCCCCACAUGACCCCCUGCUGCACAUCAAGUCCUCCCAGCCCAGCGUCCCCUCCUCCCUCAGCUUUGACCGGCUGGGCAGUGCAGUGCUGGGCACGGGCUUGCCCUCCCAGAGCUCAGCGUACCGCAGCGCUCAAGAGUCGGCUUCCCGCCACCUGCCCUCCCAGUUCAACCUCCUGUCGUCCUCGCUGGGGCCCUCCGACCAGACAUCCCAGCUGUACAACACCUCCGUCUUCUCCAGCUCGCCCGCCUCCUCCAUCGACAGGGCCAUCCCGCGCCAGGACAGUGUCAUCAAGCAUUACCAGAGGCCCUCCAGUGCCCAGCCCCAGCUGCCCGCCGCCCAUUCCCUCCAGCACUACCUGAGCUGUGGGGGCAGCUACCAGCAGAUGCCCCACCGUUCCAGUCUAUCGUGCAGCCCCUUGGGCGAGCAGUCGCCCGCCAGCAGCGAGGGCUCGCAGCAGCAGAAGACCUCCCAGGCCACGCGGCAAGAGCCCUCCCAAAGCUACCGCCCCAUCAUCCAGUCCCCCGGCUACUCUGGCACGGCCUCCUCUUCCAAGUCCAAGAGCUACUCAGCCUCCCGCCAGCCGCCACGCUCCACCGCCACGCCCAAGUGCCAAAGCAACUACAGCUCAUCCACUCCUAAGCCCAGCUCCGUCAUCGCGAGCCAGUCGCAGGCCUAUUCGCCCGGGCAGCCCCAGAGCCUGCUCUCUAUGAGCCAAACGCAGAGCUACUCAGUCAGCCAGCCGCAGAACCUGUCGUCGGUCAGCCAGGCCUCACAAGGCUUCAGCAGCAGCCAGGCCCAAGACCUCACAAGCGUGAGCAAGGCGCAGAGCUACUCAACGACAGGCCAGGCCCAGCAGGGCCAGGCCGGGCAGGGCGGGCAAGGGCUGCAGACCUGUCAGAAUCAGACUUACUCGCCAGAGCAGCUCCAAGGCCUGUCGUACAGUGUCCAGGCCGAGCCUCAUGUCUCCGUUAGCCAGACGCCGAGCUACGUGCCGGCGCACUCGCAGGGGAUGCCCACGGCCAGCCCGUCACUGAGCUACAGCACCGGCCACUCGCCAGCCAUGCCAGGGCACAGCCAGUCCAUCGGCUACUCACACAGUCAGAGCCUCCCGGACUCGAGCCCUUCACAGAUCAUCCGGCCCCUCCAGUCGCCCACCACGAACCGGCCCCAGAGCGUGGCGUCGCCCGGGCAGUCUCAGAAGUACCUCACCUCCGUGCUGUCUCCUUCGUUCAUGCAGCCGGCCCACACCCAGAGCUACCAGAGUUCCCAGGGAGGGCUGGAGAGGGCAGCCUCCUAUGGCAAAUCCAAGACCGACUCGGACCUGCUGUCCUCGGAGCGGACGGAGGACGAGGAGUUCCUGAUCCAGCACUUGCUGCAGUCACAGAGCCCGCCCCGCGUGCCCCCCGAGGGCAUGGUGGAGUGCGAGGAGAGGGCCGGGAAGGGGAUGGGCUAUGAGCUGAGCAAGACGGAGGAACGCUACCACCUGCAGAGCGUCAUCCGGACCAACUCCAACCUGGACAACCAAGGCCUCGAGAUGUCCCUGCAGGGCCUCAAGGACAAGAAGAAAGGGGAGCGGCAGAAGGAGUAUUCGCACACGCGCUCGACGCCAGAGUCCCUGGCCACCUCCGUGGUCCACUACAGCCACCAAACCGGCUCCAUGGACUCCUACGGGCAGGAGAUCAAGAAGUCGGUCGAGCAGCACCUCCAGGGAGGACACAUGGACACGGGGGGCAAGGAGAUAUCGCAAGCACACUCAUACCUGCAGAAGACCCCCGAGCACGCCCCCCAGCCGCACCCCAUGGAGCCUCACGGGAUGAUGCCCGGGCAGCAGGGGGGUGCUUUGAUGUUGGACUCCCCUCCCGACCUGCCCCCGCUCUCCCUCUCGCAGCAGCAGCAACAGCAACAACAAUCCCAGCUGCUCCAGUCGGUGCUCACUCACACACAGAGCCAGCUGCACUCGCGCGGGAAGGUGCGCACCCCGCUGGACGUCCACCUGAUGGAGCCGCAGCGCAUGCACCAGGCCGAGGCGCCCUCUCCGCAGCUCCAGAUGCAGGCGCUGGAAGCCCACCUGCACCAGGCGCAUGUGCGCUCGCAGAGCAUGGAGGCGCAGCUGCUGGAGCCGCAGCAGUCGCCACAGCUCCAGGGCCAGCUGCAGCAGGAGAGGAUGCAGUCAGAGGGCAUGGAGGUGAUGCCCCAAGGCAACCUUUCCCAGUCUCAGGAGAUCCAGGAUUUCCUGGAGCCCGAGCUGAGUCUGGAGUCCCACCUGGGGCAGAGUGGCUCGGUCCAGAACCAGCAGCACCUCCUGCCCGACGCUGGCCUGGACCCCGACUCCUCCCAGCAGGUCCCUCAGGGCCAGCUGGAGGGCAAGGACCAGUUUGAAAGCCCCAGCCCGCAGGGGGCCAAGCAGCGCUUUGUCCCCCUCACCUCCAUCUGCUUCCCGGACUCCUUGCUGCAAGAUGAGGACCGCAGCUUCUUCCCGGGCAUGGAGGACAUGUUCGGGCCCCCUCCUUGCGCCGGAGACGAGUUCCCCAAGCCGGACGACGGGACCCAAGGCAUGGAGAGGGGAGAGGGCCUGAAAGGCGGAGGCUACGACAUGAUGCAAGGGGGGCAAGGCUACCAGAGCUACUGCCAGUCAGAGAGCGGAGAUGGGCAGCACUUGGGGCUGGACUCUGUCUCUGUGAAGCAUGAGCUGCCUUCGACGGUCAACACAGAGCAGCUGGGCUUGAUCCAGUCAGGGCAGCACGGGACGGCCCCCGUCUCGGAGUCCAAGUCUGGCCUGACGUCGCCCAUCUUCUGCUCGUCCAAGCCCAAGAAGCUGCUGAAGACCUCGUCCUUCCACCUGCUCAAGAAGCGGGAGCCCCCCUUCCAGCCGCCCAAGAAGAACUACGCCCAGGAGUACGAGUUCGAAGACGACGAGGACAAGGAGGACGUCCCGGCCGACAUCCGCCUCAACAGCCGCCGCCUGCCGGACCUGCUGCCGGAUCUCAUCUCCAGCUGCCGGACCAACCGCACCAGCCUCAGCCCCAUGGGCGACAUAGACUUCUGCCCGCCCAACAGCGGCCUCCUGGAAGGGCCCAAGCGCCGCGGCCGCAAGCCGACCAAGCCCAAGCGGGAGGGCCCGCCCCGACCCCGCGGGAGGCCCCGCAUCCGGCCCCUGACUGAACCGCCCCAUGGCGUGGCUCACGAUGGCACCAAGAAGCCCCGUGGCCGGGGGAGAGGGAGGGGCAAGAAAGCCGGGGAGGAGGGGGUUGAGCCAGGAGCAGGCUUGGAGUCCCUCAAACCACUCAAGGUAAGCGGGGACUGGGAGGCAGCGGGGUUCAUUUUUUAAGCGGCAGGGCUGGCGGCGGGGGUGGGAGGGCUGUGGCCCCUCUCCUUAAGAGGCUGGUUGGAUUGGGACCCCCCCACCUGCCUCGGCCGAGGCUUUUGGGGGCUGCAAUCCACCCAAAGCCCGGGGGGGGGACACAGCUUCCCCAUCCCUGACUUGCAGCGGGAAAAGAAUAAUUUGAAAAAUAAAGAGAUUGGUUCUGAGACUAGAGACAGACAACGGGCAGAAACGAGCUGUAGGGACGUGUGGUUUCUGGCUUCUGCAGAGUGGGCUUAGUGAGAGAACCCAGGGAGUUGCCUUAACACCAGCUGAAGUGUAUUUGUGUUAUCUGACCAGGGUCCUUUCCCAUCACUUGCUGCCUGGUCCCUUUUAAGUGGAGAUGCAAAGGACUGACGCCAAGGCAUUCUGCAGGCAGAGCAGGUGUUCUGGCGCUGAGCUGUGGCCCCAACUCGCGUACAGGAAAGGGAGCAGGCAGACUUUUGAGGCUCCUGGUGUUGUUGGCUCUGGAGAAUCUGUCACAGGCAGUAAACUACUACUUGACUUGCCAAGCGCCGUUCAUAUGUACCUAUAGUGUUGUGCUUGCUGCUGGAAAUUGCUUGUGUGCAAUCUGGGCUCCAUAGGGCUGCAGGAGUGUUUCAGCCUGCUUUCCAGGAAACACACCGCUGUCUGAACAGCUCCCAUAGAUACGUUGCACUGAUGUCUAUACUUAAUGCUCUCCAUGCAAACACUGGAGGGGUUUUCUGGGGGCAGCCACCGUACCAUGGGUACAUGUGAAAUGGCUCUCAUAAUUCUCUUCUGUGUGGAUUACAGUGGCGGCAUAGCCAUAUAUAUGGAGUGGGUAGGUGAAUUGUUGGCUGGAAGGAUCCGUGAAAGUUUGAUGGACAUGGUACAUAUUUGCAGCCGGGUCUUUUUUCCGUGUGUUGUUCAGCCAGGAGGGAGAACCUCAGUCCCGGGGCACUUGGCUGUGCUUGCUUUUUGCUUAGGGUUCCAGUCAUGACUGGCAUGUGGCCCAGAGAAGGUUGCCCCUAAGAGAAUGCAGCCCAUGGCCUGAAAAAGACCCCUCCCUCCAUUGCACGCUAGCAUGCGAAUACAGAAACUAUUCAGAUUCUGUGCUUAAUGUUGUGGAAAGCAGCAAGUUGUUCAGAGUUGCAAGUCUUAACACAUUUCACACUUUGAAGUGGCAACUCUAAAGGUUGCUGCUCUCCUGUUCAUUAAAAAAACAAAACAAAACUAGAAGAGAGUGAAUUUGGAGGCAGAAAGUGGCACACUCCUCCCUACCUCUAAAUCUACCAUCUAAAGUUCCUGUGCCACCCAUAAACCUUGCCUUGCAUAGCUGUUUCAGCAUCCAAAGCUCCUCCUUCUAUUGAACAGCUUAUUCUGUGCUCUUGCACUUACAGACUUUUGCAUUAAGUCUGGCAAACGUCACGGAGGUUGCGUUUUUACUCUGCAAUCCAAGGCACACCUAUAUUGAACACUGUGAGUGAGGCUUGCUUUGCAGUUAAUUCGCACAGGAUUAUGCUGAGUUAAUGUGCACAGGGCUGUUGUUGGGGGGUUUUUUUUGCUGCCUUCUUCAUUAUUCCCUUUGCUUAUUUGUCCCCAUCUUGGCCAUUAUUGUUGCACAGAGAGGUUUGCAAAGAUGCAAAAGGUACCAGAUCGUGUCUUGGGCAGGGUUUGCCAUGUGUUGCAUGCACGCCUCCUCUCUAUGGCCUGCUACCGCUCUCCCAACCCCAUGCUGGUUGGUUCUGGGUUUGAGGAGGGCUCUAUUUUCUCCUACACCAGUGGGGCCCCUUAGCAGGCUUAGCUAGAGAUGGCAAUAGCCGUCUGGUAGAGGUCGUCUGGUAGCCACCAUGUAAAGUUCCUACAUUGAGAGCACUCUGGGAAAUUAAAAUGACAGCGCCUAGAACUCGUUCCACCCACCCUCGAACGAAAAGGGAGAUUUUGAGCAGCGAGCCCUUCCCAGGGCGCUGAUGCCAGGCCCGACAGCAUGACGCCUAAUAUCAUGCACCUACUCCUUAAUACCUUUGCUGUCUCUCCUGAAAACCAUGUCACUGCCACUUCUUGAAAAACAGCCAUUGAAAUGCAGCCAACACACCAUGCACAUUCAGAGGUGCACAGCAUGGACGUUUAGUGGCGUAUUCUGAUGGUAAAAAUAUUUGGGUCUCGCGCCCGUAAAAAUUUCCUGUUCUUUAUUGCAAAAAAGGAACUUACCCAAGAGGCCUUGCUCCUCUUGUAAAAUCUUCAGUUUAACGGUGUUCCUAUUUGAUUCAUUAAAACCGAUGGUUCCUUGCCUUUCCAUUAAAUAACCCUCAAGGCAGCUUGCAGUAUCAAGCGAAAUCGUCCUGCCACCAGUUAGGGUGGAGAAUUUUGAGAGGCCGGCGUGUUAAAAGGUUAAGGCCAGCACUCUGAAUGGGGCCUGAGUCAAAACAGGCAGCCAGGGCUGCUGAAACAGCACUAAAGUGGUGCGAUCAGAACACUUUACGCCAGACAGUAGUUUGGCUUCCGCAUUCUGUGCCCGCUGAAGCUGCAGUUCACUUUUCAGAGGCAGGCAGGCCCACGUAGAAAGCAUUACAGUAAUCCAAUCGGAAUAUAAGCUAGGACGUGCAUCACCAUAGCCAGGUCUCCAGGAAGAGAUGCACCUGGUGCACUAUCCCAAGUUGCUGAAAUCCUGUUUCCACCAGCUUGAAAUUCAGGAGUAGCGCCAGAUCCAGAAGCACUGUACCAGAUCAGCAGACCCCUUGACCAACAGUUCUUCCAUUUUGUAGGGAUUAAGCUGUGGAUCCUUCCACAUGUCCAGUCCAUCAUGGACACCAGGCACCGAUUUCAGGACUUCCUCCACCUCCCUAGGGGCAGAUGAAAUGAGUGGGCAUACUGACAGCACCAGCCCAAAUCUCUGGAAAGCCUCACUCAGCAGCUUAAUACACACAUUAUGGCAGAUGAGAUGGGAAUUCUUUCUUAAGGACACUGCUAGGGAAUGCGUACUUAAAAAAAGAAUCCUUUCACCUAGCUGUUUGGUUGUUUUUAAAAUCUAAGUGGAGUUUGAAAAUAAAUAAAAUAGCCUUGCAAGCUGUUACUAUUUGCACACUUAACAUAAGCAUGGCUGUUUCUUGGCGCAAGAGUUUGGGUUUCUAGAGUGCAGGAUGCUACUAGGACAGGAUGGCAGGGUUGGUAGAUGGUGGGGAUACCAGAUUGAUGUCUUGGGAGUGUGUGAAACUAGUUCAGUACAUUGUGCAUGUCUCCUAAGACUAGUGAGUGAGGCGAGCUUGCCGGUUGCUAGAUCUGUGUUUGAGCAAGCCACGCAUUUCGCUCAAGCACAGAAUUCGUUGCUGAAUGUGGUACCUAGUGGUUUCAGGUUUUGUUUUUCAAAAAUUUGGUUUCUAGUCCUCGUGUGAGUGGAGAAGAUAGGCCGUGUCUACAGUGGGGUGGCUUCAAAGCCAGAGAUGAGCAGGGUGGGGCUUCCAGUUGGCUAUAGGGUGGCUUCCAGUGCCGCACAGAGCUUUCCUGUUGCUCGCUUCCUUCUUAUGAGCUGACUCCUGGGCAUCCUGUAGUUCUCUCACUCUGUUCCCUUUCCAUCUGCCACCCAGCUCCUUCAAAACAAAACAAAAACCAAGCCAGAGCUCUCAGAAACCCAUAAUUUUGGAAGCAGAAUAAAUGGUGAAGAUAUAUGCAAAAUGUAUCUUGAUUUGGUUGGAAAAUGGUGGGUCCAGAAAGCUGGUGAAUGGUGAAACCCUAAAAAUAAAAUAAAAAGGAGAGAGAAAAACGGAGGUCGGUUAAGUCAAGACGCAAAGCCAACAUUGGGGGGCGAGUCCAGGAAGUCUCCCUGAGACUCCUCCUCCCCUCCCCCAAUUCCUGUCCCUUCUCUUUUCCUCAGAUCAAACUUCCAGUCCCCAAAGGUUUGGAGGGGUCUCAGUUGGAGGCUUCCACCCCAUCUCAUCAGCCCGCUCAAGAGAGCAGUCUGGAUAGCAGCCAGACCCGAGAGAAGAUCAAACAGAAGAUCAAAGAAGUGGAAGAGAAGCAGCCUGAAAUGAAGUCGGGGUUCAUGGCCUCCUUCCUGGACUUCCUUAAGUCAGGCAAGCGUCAGACGCUGCCUUCCUCUGCCUCCUCCACCUCCUCGGCUGCCACAGUUGGGGCCCCCGGCACGGCGGUUACCAUGGUCGCGCCUUCAGGCAGCCCCUCCAAGACGCCCCGUCCCCCGUCAGCCACAUCCUCAUCCUCCUCGUCCCAGCCGCCGCCUCCCUUCAGCAUGGCACCCCCGAUGCUGCCUGGCGGCUUGGAUGGGCCCGAAGGGGACCCUGCCGGGCUCGUGAUGAGCUGCACCAGCCCCUGCAAGCGGCUGGAUGAGGAGCUGAAGCGCAACCUGGAGACGCUGCCCUCCUUCUCGUCCGACGAGGAGGACUCUGUCAGCAAGAACCAGGACCUCCAGAAGAGCAUCUCCUCAGCCAUCUCGGCGCUCUACGACCCCACCGACCGCAAGGAGGGAGAACCCAAUGGUGAGCGCCCGUCCCCUGCCCAAACCUUGAGUUGGGUCCCGGCCCGUUGUUUAUCUCCUGAUUUACAUAACCUAUCUCAUUUCUUGAUUUCGGGAGGGCAUUAGUUUCUGAGCAGGAUAGACUUCCAUCUAAUAUUUAGUAUGCAUUUUUUUCUGCAUUCUUUCAACAGUUCUUGCAUCCUGAAUGUAGACAUUCUUCCUGAUCAAAUGCUCUUCUGCUGCACACAGCAGUGUUAGAAAUUAGCCAGGCGCGUUUUGCACCUGGCGUGGGUGCAAUUGCAACCACACAGCUUUGGAUGCCAGGUUGGCAAUCAGGAAAAGCAAAAUGUCACUUAGAGAGGGAUCUGAAAUAUUUCUUUGAAGCUUGAAUUGACCGUAGCCUAGGUUUAAGGUGCCAUUUGGCGAUUAGAUUUUGUAUCUGAGUUUCUAAACAUUGCACACAUGCUCCCUUGUAUUUUCCUAAUAACCUGUCUACUUACCAAGUUAUGUCUCUCCUUCCUGCAAGACCCAAGCGCCACCCUGCCUCAAAACACAAACUCUAGAUAAUUUUAUGCAGUAUUGAUGUGAAGCAAAAAAUAAUAAUCAAGAAGGCCCUGCUCUUGUCAGCAUAAAAGGGAACACAUUUACUAAUCCAGUUCCAGGCAGAAAACUUUCUGGGGGAUUUUUAUUGGAAAAUCAGUAAAAAUGAUUAAAAAAAAUUUUUAAAAAAAGAAAAAACUUUCUGGGGGAUUUUCCACUACUAAACUUUUCUUCUGAAAAAUGUUCCAUUCUGAAAAGAAUAACAUAAGGAAUACACAUAGAAACACAGAAUUGUAAAGUUGGAAGGGACUCCAAGGGUCAUGUAGUCCAACUCCCUCCAAUUCAGGAAUCUCAGCUAGGUCAUACAUAACAGUUGGCCACCCAGCCUCUGAUUAAAAACCUCCGAGGAAGGAGAAUCCACCACCUCUCAUGGGAUCCUGUUCUGCUGGCAUAGAGCUUAAAGACUGAUGAAUUUAUUAUGGCAGAAUUUUUCAUGAAUUGCAGUCCACUUCAUCAUAUGUGUGAGGUGUGAUCCCUAAGUUACUAGUAUAUAUGUGCAUGGUUUGCAGGGAGGAUUGGUAAAUUAAAUUCCAAAGUACCCAUUUCUUUAAUUGAUGGGUGUAGCUUUGCAUCAAUAAAUACUCCCUGGGCAUCUUGCAAGCAAAACAACGCUUUAAAAAUACCAUGUAUAAUAAUUAAAAACCAUCCAAGAAACAAAUAAAAAACAGCAAAAAAACCACACACACCAGCCAACCCACCCUUUCUGGUGAUACAGACAGUCCUGAUUUAAAACCACAAUUAAUUAAAAAGCCUAGGGCAGAGGGGAGGAGUCUGUGACCCUACAGGUGUUGCAGGACUACAGCUCCCAUCAUCCUGACCAUUGGCCAUUCUUGCUGAGGCUGAUGGGAGUUGUAGUCACAGCUGGAGGACCAUAGCCCUAGUCUAGGUUCAUAAUAAGGUCUUUGCCUGACCCUAGAAGGACUAUAGAGAAGGUGUCAGGCAAGACUUUCUGGGGAGACCAUUUCCCAGCUAGGAGGCCACUGCUGAGUAAGAUGGAUUUCUGUUCCUGCUUGCUUGCUAACCCCUGCCACUUCCCCCACCACCAUAGAUGUGCCACCCGUGGAGGAGAAAAUCCCCAGCCCAGCUCCCUCAGUGGAGGCAGAUGUCCAGCCAGAGCUACCCCCGCCGCCCAUCUCCCCAGCUCCCUCGCCCAAGGAGGCUCCACCUGUCCCCGAGGAGCCACCUGUUCAGGCGUCUCCUGAGCCCGAGGACCCUGAGGACACGCGGCCUCUUCACCUUGCCAAGAAGCAGGAGACGGCGGCCAUUUGUGGAGAGACGGACGAAGAAGAGGCAGAGAGCGGUGGGGAGGGGAUCUUCCGAGAGCGCGAUGAGUUUGUCAUCCGCGUGGAGGACGUUCAGGCCCUCAAGGUGCGUUAAGGAUAUAUUAUUAUUAUUAUUAUUAUUAUUAUUAUUAUUAUUACUAAUUUAUUCAGAAAAUUUUCAGUGAACAAAUAAAGAAGCGAGGAAUAAAGCAAGAAAGGAAAAAGUGCUUGAGGUUUUAAUACAAUAUGACAUGUUGGUAAAUAAGUACUGCUAUUACUACAGUCAGUAUACAGUAAAACAGUAAAGGGACCCCUGACCAUUGGGUCCAGUCGUGGCCGACUCUGGGGUUGCAGCGCUCAUCUCGCUUUAUUGGCCGAGGGAGCCGGAGUACAGCUUCCGGGUCAUGUGGCCAGCAUGACUAAGCCUCUUCUGGCAAACCAGAGCAGCGCACGGAAACGCCGUUUACCUUCCCGCUGGAGUGGUACCUAUUUAUCUACUUGCGCUUUGAGGUGCUUUCGAACUGCUAGGUUGGCAGGAGCAGGGACCAAGCAACGGGAGCUCACCCCAUCGCAGGGAUUCGAACCGCCGACCUUCUGAUUGGCAAGCCCUAGGCUCUGUGGUUUAACCCACAGCGCCACCCACAUCCCAUACAGUUAUUAGCAAGUCAUAAUUUUUAUAAAUACGUUCCAAAUAACAUUCUAUUUAUCCAUGCACAAUCUGCAUUGAAAAGCAAGUCCGUUCCUAUGUUGCGGUGGCGCUGUGGUCUAAACCACUGAGCCUCUUGGGCUUGCCGAUCGCAAGGCCGUUAGUUCGAAUCCACCCCGACGUGGUUAGCUCCCGUUGUUUUGUCCCAGCGCCUGCCAACCUAGCAGUUCGAAAGCAUACCAGUUUAGUAGAUAAAUAGGUACCACCGCAGCGGGAAGGUAAAUACCAUUUCCGUGCACCAGAAACUGUUUAAUCAUACUGGCCACACAACCCAGAAAAGCUGUCUGCAGACAAAUUGGCCUGGGCCCUUGGCCUGAAAGCGGAGAUGAGUGCCGCACCCCAUAAUCAAAUUUAACUGGACUUAACUGUCCGGGCUCCUUUACCUUUACCGUAUCUUCUAUUCAUUGAUCAAAGCGGGCCAUAUUAUUAUCUUUCUGGGCUUGGAGCAGAAACAAAGCCUUAAAAGCAUAAAAUGUGAAUGACAUUUUCAAGCGUUUCACGUAUUUCAGUGUCUUGAAUUCUUACUCUUGGGUAAGUUUUAGUAUGAGCUUUUUUAAAAAAAAUCAUAAUAGUACUUAAAAUCAAAAUGUUACAUUGGAUCUGACACUAGUUUCCCUUCUGAGGGACUAAGUAGGAUCCUCACCCACCCAAGUUGGGCUUAUAACCAUGUGCUGUAAAUCACAAGCGAAGAGGGUUGCUGAUGCCCUCAGAUUCUGCUUGCAGGCUUUCCAUGGGUGUCUGGUCAGCCGCUGUGAGAGCAGGAUGUUUGACUAAGUGGGCCUUUGGCCUGAUCCAGCAGAGCUUCUUAUCUGCAGAGUAGUUGCAUCACAGCAGCUAGGCUUGUUUGGGGUUCUUUCCAUCCCUGUGACCAUCACCCCUUUCUCUGCCCUCCUGCAGCUCGCUCUUCAGACUGGGCGGGAGCCGCCGCCAAUCUGGCGGGUUCAGAAAGCUUUGCUCCAGAAGUUCACCCCUGAAAUAAAGGAUGGGCAGCGACAAUUUUGCGCGACCAGCAAUGUAAGUGCCCCCAUUACUCGCUCACCAUACAAAAAAAUCGUACUUUCAGUGAAUGUGGGCAAAAGAACUUCAGAAGUGGGAGGUCUACAUGAGCUUUACGCAAUUGUAUUCGGCACAAUGGCUUGAUUUCUGGGUUUUAACCACCAGUGCCUCUACCAUUUUGUAUAUCCCUUCUUUUCUUUCUCUUCCCACUGCUGAGGAAAUACAUAUUUCCACACCAAUAAGUUUCUUUCUCCACUCCCGUUUCAGCAGGUUUCUGCCACGACUGUGGCAGAAUUUUCCCCCUAUUGCUUUUAUUUUAUUGAUUAGCAUUGCUGUGUUAUAGCAUUCCUUGAUUAAAAGUUUUGAUGCAACCCUACUCUGGUAUUACUUUUAGCAACAAAGAGUGAAUAAUAAAUAUUUAAAUAAAUAAAGUUGUUAAUUUUCUGCCUUUUACAUUAAGUUUCCAGGGCAGGUAAUGACAUUAAAACACAAUAUUAAAACCUAAAACUGUUGGGUGAAGGGCGGACAAUUAACAAGAAGAAGAAGAAGAAGAAGAAGAAGAAGAAGAAGAAGAAGCAGCAGCAACUUUCCUCACUACCGCCACCAACAAGAAUAAUAAGCAACUUCCCUCAAAAGGCCCCCCCCCAAGAUUUUAUUAAAGUUUCCACAAUACAGUAAAAUAAUAUUUGGAAUAAAGAAAAUCAGAAAAACAAAAAGGAAAAGAGGAAAAAAACAAGAAAAGCUAGAGAAAGAGUAAAAAGAAGAAGAGAGGAAGCAGAGAGAGAAGCAACAUUAAUAAUAACACCAAUAAUAAUCAUGGUAAAACAAAAAUUAUAUAUAUCUAGUCCUCGUAUCAUAAUUAAACCUUAAUCUUCAACCCACAUACAAAGAAGUGAGCCUUUCCAACUCUCACCUGAAAAAGCUUCCACCUUCCUCAGCCUCACACCCUGAGGAAAACUCACUCUGACCUGUCUCCCACCCAGGUUUCUCUCUCUUAUCCAACGCUUCUCUGUAAGAAUAUUAAACAACUUCAUAAAAAUAAGGCAGUUCCUAAAAAUAUACACCUCAAGGGUGUGAGGUAAGCUAGAGGCAGACAUACUUUUUUGUGCUUGGGGGAAGUAAAUCCGCUUGAACUGACUGAUAUGGUGGGCAAAGGAUUGGGUUUUUCUGCUGUGUAUCCCCUCAUUUCUGGAGGUGGGAAAGAGCUGUGUUGCAGACAUUCUCUCCCCGCCAUCCCCAUUUUGAUAUUCAAUUCCUUCCUUCCCUGUCCCCCCUCAGUAUCUGGGCUAUUUUGGCGAUGCCAAGAACCGGUACCAGCGCCUCUACGUUAAGUUCUUGGAGAACAUCAACAAGAAGGAUUACGUCCGCGUCUGCUCCAAGAAGCCUUGGCACCGGCCCCUGCAAGCUGUCAGGUAAAGGAGCAGGAAGGGGGGGUGUCUCCCAUAUGAGAGGCCAGUUCCACUCACAGAGAAGCACCAAAAAGCAUUUGAGCCACUUCCUCAUGUUGAUUUAUUCCAGUUUGUGAAGUGCCCCUUUUCCAGAAUUGUGAGUUCGAUGGCUGAAAAUCACACCUCCCCACAAAAAACCACUUCCCUGUAUUAAACUGUUCAGGUGACAUGCCUGAGGGAGAUUUUUCCUCAGAUCCUUUACCUCCCCCUCCGCUGCCACCCUCUAUUUCUACAGUUAUUUUACCUGACACGCGGGAGAGUAUUUAGCUCCUCACCUGAAGGAGCAAAGAGCCCAGCCUCUUUGUUUUCUCACCUGCCUAGUCAUGAAACUGACUCCGUACCACGCCUCUUCCACCUGUCAAAGGAAUGAGCUAUUCCAGGCAUAGGCAAACUCAGCCCUCCAGAUAUUUUUUUGAGACUACAAUUCCCAUCAUCCCUGACCACUGGUCCUGUUAACUGGGGAUGGUGGGAGCUGUAGUCCCAAAACAUCUGGAGGGCCAAGUUUACCUAUGCCUGGGGUAUACCAUGACUGCCCUCCUCACUAGCCUGUGUUUUUCUGUGCCACGGCCUGUUCCCCUCUUGACUCCAGCUUGAACUGUGAAUCGGAUGGUAGCAAACACUCCUUUUCACAGACUUGACAGUAUAUAAGGCUGGCCUUGUCCUCUCAGCUCCCCAGCCCUCCGUCGCCCCGCUUCUCCUUUUCCCCUUAAAGCCUCCCUUGCACCCCAACACACACACACACAGAUGCCUCAGCAAACCUGGCCCCUGAGGCAGAGCCUAUAUUUGGAUCUCACGGCUAUGUCUGUCCUGCUGCAGGAGACAGAGCCAGCCCAAGGCGUCUGGCCCCAAGACCCCGGUGCUGCCGAAAGUUGAGAAGCCUGAGAAGCUGGAAGUCCCGGAGAAGGCCGAGAAGCCUGAGAAGGCCGAGAAGCCCCCCAAGGCCGAGAAGCCCCCCAAGGCCGAAAAAGCGGACAAAGCCGAGAAGCCCCCCAAGGCCGAGAAAGCGCCGAAGCUGGAAAAGCCCCCCAAGGUCGAGAAGUCUGAAAAGCCCCCCAAGGCGGAAAAAGUGGCCAAAGUAGAAAAGCCCCCCAAGGCGGAGAAAACUGACCCCCCUGCUCCCGUCCCCGCAAAAGCUUCCCCAGCCGGCGGAGCGUCGAAACCCAAGCCUAAGCCAGCCAAGGUGAAAGCUGAGCCCCCUCCCAAGAAGAGGAAAAAAUGGCUUGCUGAGGCAGCGUCCUCCUCCGACUCAGAUUCCAGCCCUGACCAGCAGAGCGAGGAGGGUGAGUAGACUGAUGCAGCCCGGCAUCCAUUGGUGCCGGAAGACGAGGCGGUCCUUGAACUGAGUUGUGGGCCCACAGAGAGCUUUUGAGGGGAGAAACUGUCCGUGGUAGAGUUGAAGAGAGAGCCUUUUGACUUGAAAGCUCAGGGAGAGGGAGAGGGAGAAAUUCAUGAAGGAUUGCUCAGUUGGUUAGAGUGUGGUGCUGAUAACACCAAGGUUGCAAGUUCGAUUCCCAGAAGGAUCAGCUGCAUAUUCCUCCAUUGCAAGGGGUUGGACUAGAUCAGUGUUUUCCAACCUUGGGUCUCCAGCUGUUUUUUGACUAUAGUUCCCAUCAUCCCUGACCACUGGUCUUGCUAGCUAGGGAUGAUGGGAGUUGUAGUCCAAAAAAACAGCUGGAGACCAAAGGUUGGGAAACACUGGACUAGAUGGUCCUCAGGGUCCCUUCCAACCAAUUUCUAUGACAGCCUGAUGUUUACUUACUUACUUACCAUAUAUACUCGAGUACAGUGGUACCUCGCAAGACGAAAAACGCGCAAGACUAAAGAGUUUUCCGUUUUUUGAGUCGUUCCGCAAGACGAAUUUCCCUAUGGGCUUGCUUCGCAAGACGAAACAUCUUGCGAGUUCUUGCAAGUUUGUUUCCUUUUUCUUAAAGCUGCUAAGCCGCUAAGCCGUUAAUAGCCGCUAAGCCGCUAAUAGCCGUGCUUCGCAAGACGAAGAGACUCGCGGAACGGAUUAAUUUCGUCUUGGGAGGCACCACUGUAUAAGCCGACUUUUUCAGCACAUUUUUAAUGCUGAAAAAGCCCCCCUCGGCUUAUACUCGAGUGAGGGUCCUUUCGGGCUGCUCCUUCCUCCUCCUCCGCCUUUGCCGCUGUCGGCGGCGGUGGAGGAACGAGUAGCCCGAAAGCAGCCCUUUCGGGCUGCUUGUUCUUCCUCCGCCGCUGCCACCACCAGCCUCUGCCUCUUGGCAGCACCUUAGGUGGCAGGGGGACAGGAGGGCCUGGGGGGGGAGAGAGAAGCACCCUCUGCCAUGUGUGCAUGCGCGCGCACACACUCCGGCCCACCAGGAGGUUUGUGGUGUGGUGAACCGGCUUAUACUCGAGUCAAUAAGUUUUCCCAGUUUUUUGUGGUAUAAUUAGGUGCCUCAGCUUAUAUUAGGGUCGGCUUAUACAGUGGUACCUCGGGUUAAGUACUUAAUUCGUUCCGGAGGUCCAUUUUUAACCUGAAACUGUUCUUAACCUGAAGCACCACUUUAGCUAAUGGAGCCUCCUACUGUUGCCGUGCCACCAGAGCACGAUUUCUGUUCUCAUCCUGAAGCAAAGUUCUUAACCCAAGGUACUAUUUCUGGGUUAGCGGAGUCUGUAACCUGAAGCGUAUGUAACCUGAAGCGUAUGUAACCCGAGGUACCACUGUACUUGAGUAUAUAUGGUACUUACUUACUUAUUUACUUGCUGCCACUUACUUACUUAGCACUGCAGUUUCUAAGCAGGGUACAAUGAGUUUUCAAAUAGAUACAAAGGAGAGAACAUCUCCCUUCUUUAUUACAUUUAUAUGCUGCCUUUUCCUUCCAAGGACCAGAAAGUGGUGUACAUGGUUCUGCUUCUCCCCGUUUCAUCCUCACAACAGCCCUGUAGGGUAGGAUAGGCUAAGCGACGGUGACUGGCCCCAAGCUUCACGGCUGAGUGGGGAUUUGAACUCCGGCCUCCCAGGUCACAGUCCCAACACUCUAACCAUACGCCACACACUGGCUCCAGAGUAUUAGCUACACUAACUGGUGGUAGCUCUGCACGGUUUCAUGCUGGGGACAUUCCCCAACCCCACCUGGAGAUGUCAGGCAUUGAAUCUGGGACCUGCUGCAUGCAAGGCAAAUGCUGUAUCACUGAGCGGCUCCUCUCCGUAGUUAAAAUCUUAGCAGUUUAAAUCAGCCAUAAAAUCAGAAGAGUGCACUUUAAGAGACUUGCUGAGAUAAAAGUCGUUGCCAGGCGCCUGAAGGUUUGGCAGGGAAGGGCCCACAGUACUGAAUACCCGGGGAGCACAACUAACCACAACUCUCAGUGACCUUGUUGAUUGAGCAGGGAGAUUAGGCACUGAGCAGUCCUUGAGUUCUUCCUGGAUCUAAGUUAAGGGCCUUGUAAACAACGUGCGACAAAACUGCAAAGGCGGAGCAGGUGCGAGGAACCUUUUGCCGUCUGAAGGUUGCUGAACUACACCUCCCACAAGCCGUUGACCUCGCUUGCUGCGGCUGAUGGGAGCUUUAGUCAAUGAUGUCUGAAGAGCUAAAGGUUCAGAGAGCCACACAUUGUGUGUGUUGGUGUUGGUGUCUUCCUAGUGACCCUGGAGACAGACUGAGGGAGAUUCUUAUAAAGACCUUGAUGGUGAGGAGGGAGGAGUAAAAGAAGGAAUUCCCCUGUCCCUAAAUGGACUUGCCCAGAAAAAACACACUUUAAAAUACUGUUAUAAAUAAAUGAAUACGAAAAGUAGUACAGUGGUACCUCUGGUUACAUACGCUUCAGGUUACAUAUGCUUCAGGUUACAGACUCUGCUAACCCAGAAAUAUUACCUCAGGUUAAUAACUUUGCUUCAGGAUGAGAACAGAAAUCGUGCGGCGGCAGCGGGAGGCCCCAUUAGCUAAAGUGGUCUUCAGGUUAAGAACAGUUUCAGGUUAAGAACGGACCUUCGGAACGAAUUAAGUACGUAACCAGAGGUACCACUGUAUCUGAAGUGCCAAGUUGGGGGGAAAUUCCGGUGCAGUUAGAAUGAAAGCUGGACUGCGCUCUCUCUUCCGUUAUUUUAUUUGUAACUUUUCCCUGCCCUUUCAUUGUGUGUCGUUUUUAUGUCAGCCGCCUCAGAACGUUUUUAGGAAAGCCCGGGAUGUUAGUGCCUUAAAUAAAUGCUAAGCUAACUCUCCAUCUCCUAUCUAGAGCGUGUGCCGACGGGCCGUAUUCUGAACACGCGAGCCAUGAAGGAGAUGUACCGCAGCUACGUGGAAAUGCUGGUCAGCACUGCCCUCGACCCAGACAUGAUCCAAGCUCUUGAGGAUACAAACGGUGCGCAUUCGUGAAUGGUGGUAUAUUGAUCGGCCCUGUGGGUCAGUCGCCUGCCCCCACAAAUGGCAGAGUUUAUUUGCUCAAAGUUGGCCAGUCCUCGGGAGAUCUCUGGAGCCCUGCGCUUCCUCCUUCCUUUCUCUGCCAGCAGGGCUGAGCUGCUCAUCUCUGUUAUGUCAUUGUUGGCCUCUUGGAGGUCCAGAGGCUUUAGCUCCCUGUAGAAAUGCUUGCUUGGAAAACUCUGAAGCUGCCUGAAUGAUAGGCUUUCCUUUUCUUCGUUGCCAUAGUAAAGGCUGUAAGUUUGCCCUUCUUUCAACAUUAAAUUCUUUAAGGCAGGGGUUACCAAACGGUGGUCUUGCCUUCAGCUUCAUUCAGAAGGCCUGCAGCACCUUAAACAACAGAAUGCCGAGGCACACUUUUUUAUAUAUAUAUAAAGAAUACGAAGCUGAAAAUGAAUGAACUGCAGCUAAAAUAUUAUGUUCAUUUUUUAUAUGGUCUAGUCCUUCCCCUGCCCACCCCCUAAUAUUCUUAAAGGUCUCUUCUCCAGUCUUCAGAGAGUAGCUGGAAGUGGGGAGGCAGAAAAAGGUCCUUCUUUCCUUCCACUCUGCAGUUUUAAUCUGAAAUCAUAGGCGCAGUACUGCGCCCAGAACUCAGAAACUGCUCACCCUAAUGAAAUUCCCUGUUGCAAAACGUGCCUAGGGCAAUGGGAGUUUUGAACACUGCCUGCGGCCUGUCUGUGAAGAAUGCAGACUGCAGUACAGCAAAAUACAGUGUAAGAAAUUAAAAGGCCAAUAAGAAUACCAUUAAGAAUUGCAAUUGCUACAACGGGCGGGGUGUGUGUGUGUAAAUCAUUAAGUGGUCCUUCAAGUCCACCAGCAAUUCUCAAGUGAUCUGUGAGGUGGCGGGUGGGUGGGUGGAGUUUGGAAGCCACUGUUUUAAGGCCUAGGCCAGCUACUUAGCUGAUACCUUCGUGGGUGGUUGUUUUAAUAGGUUUACUGUUGUAGAAUUGACUCAGGAACCUCCGCAUCUCAUGGGCUGCCUUGGUGUUGCAUUGCAGUGAAGUUACUGUUUAUAAACAAACAAACAAUAAGCCUUUUUUUGUAAAUAAAUAAUAACAAGUAAAUAAUGGUUUUAAAACACUGCAUAAAGAUGCCAGAUUUCACACUGCGCAGCAGCCUUGUAAACAAGCCCACAAAAUGUACUAGUCCACGUAAAAUGUUUUACUCGCCUGCUAGGGGCUUCUUGAGAAGGGGACUGGGGGCUCUGUUCAUCCUCCAGCACCUCUGCAUUUUUAUGCAGGAGGAAGGUGGCUGUUAGUAUUUGUAAUGUAGUUUCAUUGGGAAUGUAUUUCACAAAGAAUAGUUGGUGCUAGAGAAAGGAGGUGGUGGUUGGAAACUGGCAGUUGGAAACUGGCAGUUGGGGUUUGGUUGGUCACUCUGCUAGUUUUCUCUUGACUGUGAGGGUGAGAGGUGUGGGGACUUCAUGCAGACGCUGUCUGGGGGAGUUUGUAAAUCAUACUGACAGUGGCUCCCCUCCUUUGCCAGCCUUCUUCCACCACCAUCAUCAUCAGAUAUUUGUUUGCAUGCCACUUUCCCACCAAAUUCUGCCUGAGCAAAUGAACAAUUAGCAUGACCACUCAAAAUGCAGAAAUUGCUCUGUUUGGUAGGCGCAGAGGCAGGACAGAGAGAUCCACUCCUCGUCUCACUCCCUCACAUUAAAUUUCCAUGUCGCCUCUAGCUACCAGGCCUGUGCUUCAAUCCAAAGCUGUUGCACAGUUUAAUCACAGCUUUGACCUCUUGCAGGUUAAAGCCUUAUGCUUCUCUGGGGCUGGAAAUGAGAGAGAUGUUGCCACAGCUUCUCAGAGGAAUCAAAGCACUAAAUACCAGAAGAGACAGUUGAAUAUGGUUGGCGUUUUCCUUAAAGUGAAAUGAUUCUCUUAUUAAUGUGUAGCACAAGCAGCUCCUUUCAAGGAAGUCAGAUCCUGCCCAGGAGUUCUCGCACCAUCAGAAAGCAAAUGCGGCAUUUUAAAUAUGUUUCUGUGACUUUCCCUUCUCCGCAGAAUUCUGGCUGCAGAAAAUUGGAUCCCCUUAGUGCAAAAUGCUAGACAUUUCUGGCUUUAGUCACAGGUUUGUUUGUGUUCGAUUCUUGUUAAGGGCCUAGAAAAAUUACAUAGUGAAAAUUACAGUAACUUUUUAAAAUAUACCAGUGUAUGAUAAGAGCCCACGAUAAAUUUGAAAUCCAAGCCACUAUCUCCCCAUCCUGAUUUACAAAGCUGCAACCAAAUUAAAAUAUAAAUUGGCUACGCAUUGAGAUGAUUCAUUUGCUUUAAGGAAACACCAACCAAAACAUGGUUUUUAAAGCCCUGGGAUGUUAGAAAAGUCUUGGAUGCUGGAAAGAACACAGUGUGGGUUCCAGGCAAGCUUCCGCAAGGAGUGCGCCAUAGCUGGGAGCCAAAACUGACCACUGAAAUACCCACCAAGGACACUGUGUGUGAUGCUUAAAAUCUCUUUUGUCAAUCCUCCCCCAGAUGAACUUUAUCUUCCGCCCAUGCGAAAGAUUGACGGGAUAUUGAACGAUCACAAGAAAAAGGUGCUGAAGAGAGUAUCUCUGAAUCCGUCGCUACAGGUAUGAAAAUGGGGCAAGUGGAAAAUGUUUAACUCUUCGCCCCACACCCUGCCUGAGAUAGCAUUGUGUAGAAAUGCCUAUUUUAGAUACGUAGUUUUCUCUAUUGCUAAGCCCUGUCUUGGAUACUUCCUUCCAAUUUACCUUCACAACAACCAUGAGAGAGUGAAGGCCGGAAGAUUUGUCGUGCGACUGUGGCUUAGGUGAGGGUUCCCCAAAUUUCUGAGGUCAUUGAUGCCGUUGAGGAGCUUAUAAAGUUGUCGUUGACCCCUUAGGAGUGCAAGCGAAGUAAAGUCAGGGAAUAUCCGUAUAUAAUCAGCAUUUGUUAAUCCUCAAUCAGCAUUACUAAGAAUCAUAAAAAUAAAAAAUUAAGAACUAAAACGUGAAAAUAACGACACCAGACUUUUCAUUUAGCAACAUUGCCCGAGAUACUGUUAUGUUAUAUUGGUAUCUUACUCGAUACAGAGGCUCAUAGUUCCUAAUUACAUUUUUAGCACUAUACCACAUAAACUACCUCUGGCCCUUUUUGACACAGGAGGUCAGUCUGACAGCCACAGGUUAUGUGAAAUCUGCUGUCUCACAGUGAAUAUUUUUGUCCGUCAUCCAGGAGGCUCUCCACACGUUCCCCCAACUCCACACCGAGACGUGCGACACCACAGUCAAGUUGCGCCUAGGGGGCGAACCUUAUAACCGCAAGACACUCAACAAACUCAAGAAGAAUGUAUCCAAACAGCAGGUAGGUGGGAGCCGAGAUGGAAUCAAGGACCUGCAGCAAACUGAUCAACACUGAGUACGGUUCUAGAUGCUGUUUUUUUGAGUGGGAGAGAGAGAGAGAGUCCCUCUCUUCCUGUUUCAUCCUCUCAGCCCUGUGACGUAGGCUAGAAUCAGAGAGAGGCAGGCAGGCAGGCUCAGGGUCACCCAGGAAGAGCUUCAUAGCUGAACGAGGAUGUGAACCUGGCUCUCCCCACUCCUAGUCUGAAUCUCUACCAACUGCAGCAUAUUGGCCACGUUUGCGUGCCAUGGUAAACUGUAAACCAUAGCUUACCGUGCCCGAAUGAAUCACUCUGCUCCUCCCAGCUUGCAGGAGGCAAACUACAACUACUGGCUUAAUGUUAGGCCCAAACCAGGGAAUGUGGUUCAUGUCACUCCUAGCAAAUCACAAGUAGUACGUCAGGAGCAAACCUAGGCUACAAAUCAUGGUUUGUUGGGAGUGGAACAAGUCAUCAUCCCUGGUUCAGACAAAACAUUAAGCCAGGGGGUUGUGGUCUGUUUCCUCUAGAAUAAUAGAAUUAGAAUUAAUAAUAGAAUUAGAUUAAUAGCAAUAGAAUUAUAACUUCCAAGAAAAGUCUUAACAGUUCAAAUAUUCAUCCAAGAGAAGAGAAUAUUGACACUAUUUAAAGCCAUGCCAUGGUUUCUGUCUGCCUCUCUUUCUCUUUCUUUCCCUCCCCAGCUCUCUUGCUCUCCUGUUACUUGGGUAUGGUAGUUCUGUUAUGUAGAGUGCUAGGGAUGUCUAAUGAAGAUUUUUCAGCACCCUCCCAAAAAUGCAGUUGCCCAGUGCUUGGAGUGCAAUCUCGCAUCAGUCGCUCUUCCUUCCUGUGUCUGAAGGCAUGGACAGAAAACUCUGAAUGGAAACCGUGCAGUGGCUUAUGCAAGAGACAAAAGAAGGAAACCAGGAAGCGCAGAAGCGCAAUCCCUAAAGGCCCUAACUGGAAUUGAGGGGAGGGAGAGAAAACCUCCCAUUUUAGCAUAUGAGAGGGCCCUAUGCUCCCAUCAGCGAACAAAAUGGAAAUGGAGAGUGUUGACUUUUCUUUCUCAUUUAAUCAAGCAAGCCAGUUGGGCAAGGGGUGCCCCAAAAGAGGUUCUGUGCCCAGACGGUGCUCACUCUGGAACACCAACUUAACAUUUUAACAGAACUUUUUAUGGCGCCCAUCUCCCAAAGGAGGCCUUUGUUUUAUACAAGCGGGUCAGCUCUGUAGUGGAGCACAAAGGUGUAAAGUGCAAAGUCCAUCCCAAAGACCUGUUGUUAUUUUUUCACCCCAACCCCACCCCAGCGGUGCACUGCUCAGCAAAGCUGACAGUGUGAUGGCUUGCCUUCCAUCAGGAAUUCCACCACAAUGGAUUUUUAAACCACCAGCAUGCAAGUCUUCAGCUGUCCAGGCUAUAGGAGACUCCCUUCUUCUAACCAGCAAGCAAUGAUGGUGGUGGGGUCUCUAGUUCCUCAUGCCUUUGAGCCGUAAAAAUUCAGAGCAUGGCAUGCAUCUCAGUCUAGGGAUGGACAAAUGAGCUAAGUUUGUUUUCAUCUGUACCUGCAUGUGCACAAAAGUGAGUGCACUGUCCUGGUUCAGUGUACAUAUUUUAGGGGAAAUCCUGCAGCCAUUUCUCCCCUGCGAAAUGUAGCCAGGGGAGCUCACUCCAAACUAAGGAGCAGACUAAACCCUCCCCCUUCAUACCACUCUUUUUCUUGGAUGCAACCAGACUGCAUUAACAAAAUGAAUAGCAUCCACAUCCUGUGCUGCGCUGCUUGUAUUUGGAAGAAGAAAGGCAUGAAAAUCUCUAAAAUAUGCAAUUUUGAUUACACACCAGGAACCCACAGUGUGUUAAAACAUAUUUAUAUUUUUAUUUUGGAAAUGAGAACCGUUGAGCGCUGCAUCUUCAAACCACAGAACUCUAAGGAAUUUCUCAUUUAGUCUGUAUCUCGCAUUUCCGGCUCUGAGGAAUUAAAACAUCCUCAAGGGAGCAAAUGUUCAGAACUCACCACUUUCAGUUUUGAAAAAUAAAUAAGGGGUUUUUGCAAACAUGAAUAUAGUUCUUUCUCACCGUUCUCGUUCCUGGUUUCGGCCACAAGAAUGCCUGCUGGGUCUCUUGCUGCUGUUGUCGUUUUCUGCUCUCUGGUGCCUGCAAAAGUAGUAUGAUCAUAAGAACCUAAGAAAAGGCUGCCUGAUCAGUCCUGUUCUCACCAUCACCAACCAGAAGUCUGUGGGAAAGCUCUCAUUUUUUUUUCUUUUUUCUUUUUUGCAUGGGAAGCAUGCAGUCUUAAGAAAAAUGGGCAAAGGAAGGAAAAGUAGGUGAAAUUCAAUGAAGCAACAGCAGCUGUCAAGGAUAAGAGAGGGUUAAGAAGUUCAGAACAGGCCUUGUGGGAGGGAAGGUGUUCUGGAAGGGUGGUGGGCGGCUCGGCAUAGAGACAAGAAGGCCGUUUCCAUCGUAGGGAGGGAGCAACAAGAUCGCAGGAGAGGGGAAGAAGGCGGCCUUGGAGCAGAUUAUGAUCUGUGGUGUGUGCCAGGAGAGGGGAAUAAAGGGGGUGAGUGAGGAAGCAUGGGCCUCAUGGACACAUGGAAGAGGAUAAGCGGGAUUUCACCACUUCAGAUGGCAGGCAGAGAUCAUAUUGUUGGAAUAUUUCCCUUCAUAAGAAAAUUCCCUGCAGGUAAAAUAACUAAUUAGGGAAACAGGAUUCUAGUUCACCCCCACUGCCUUUCCACUUGCAGGGAAUUGUUUCAUUUUUGAACUGUUGGGAGGGGUUUGAAUAUUAUUAUCAAUUAAAUUCAUUAAUCUCUUCCUAUGAAGCAUCUCAAGGCAAUUUCACAGUGCAAUGAAAAUAUGUAUAAAGCAAUUGCAUAUGUAAGAACUGUUGCCCCAAUUGCAUAAAUAGAAGCAGUUUGAAAUCCAGUACAGAUACAAACUAAAGUAACAAAAACAACUGCUUGAAAGUUUUGUUGAAAGAGGAAAGUCCUCAGCAGAUGCUUCCCAAUAAAUAACAGGAGAGAGUUCCAAAGGAAAUUUGAUGUCACCCCCCACUCCAGUCUGAAAUAGUACAUCCUAUCAAACCACUUUUUUAGUUCUGCUAUUUAAUUCCCUUGUCAUUCUACUCAUUUCAGGUCUCGGUCAGGGCUAGGGAGGUGGAGAAUCUUGAAUAUUGACUAUCUGUAAGCUAAGGCAGCCAUCACCAGCCUUUUCGGACCAGUAGGCACAUUCCUAAUUUUGUGUGAUUGCUGAGGGUGCCAUUCACAAAACGGCUACCAUGGAGUACUGCAACAUGGCUGCCAAGGGGUGUGUGACAUAACACAAUAUUGUCACCGCUGCUGUUUCCCACCCCUAGCCAUGUCCUGCUAGGCCUGAUUGUGGAGGUACAGCUGUUAAAGGCACAAAACCUUAAAACAAAGCCUAGACUGCUAUCCAGCACCCGCUUACCUGGCAGUAAAGGUAAAGGGACCCCUGACCAUUAGGUCCAGUCGUGGCCGACUCUGGGGUUGCGGCGCUCAUCUCGCUUUAUUGGCCAAGGGAGCCGGCGUACAGCUUCCGUGUCAUGUGGCCAGCAUGACUAAGCCGCUUCUGGCCAACCAGAGCAGCGCACGGAAACGCCGUUGCCUUCCCGCCGGAGCGGUACCUAUUUAUCUACUUGCACUUUGACGUGCUUUCAAACUGCUAGGUUGGCAGGAGCAGGGACCGAGCAACGGGAGCUCACCCCGUGGCGGGGAUUCAAACCACCGACCUUCUGAUUGGCAAGCCCUAGGCUCUGUGGUUUAACCCACAGCGCCACCUGCGUCCCUUACGUGGCAGUAAGCUGCAUUAAAAACAGAGAGACUUAUAAAGUACGCCUGUGUGGCCUUGUAAGUUAACCAUACAAGGAAUUUUUAAGGAGUGCCUGCACAGCAGGAGACACACCAGAGCCACUCUGUCAAUAUUUCACGUUUUGCAUUUGCCGUUUUUUUCUUUUUUGCAUGGGAAGCAUGCAGUCUUAAGAAAAAUGAGCAAAGGAAAAGAAGGUGAAAUUCAAUGAAGCAACAGCAGCUGUCUAGGAUAAGAGAGGGUUAAGAAGUUCAGAACAGGCCUUGUGGGAGGGAAGGUGUUCUGGAAGGGUGGUGGGCGGCUCGGCAUAGAGACGGAGAGGGGAAGAAGGCAGCCUUGGAGCAGAUUAUGAUCUGUGGUGAGUGCCAGGAGAGGGGAAUAAAGGGAGAUGGGAUUCUUUAAUAGCCACAUUUACUGUUAAGUAGUAUUUUCAGAAAACAACUUCUAGGGAAUGCAUGAUCUCAGACGAACCCACCACAGGAAAGAUGUAUCCUGGUUGCUAGGUAAAAAGAAAGGGCUACUAGAAAGGACUACUAGAGAGAAGCAAGAAAAUUGCACUUAAAGGUGGGGAGGGAGGAUGGCAGGGCCGGAACAGAAGCUCUUUAGGACCCCAGGAAUUCCUCUUGCCUGUCGUCCAAGCUGCUCAGUUAUCAAUCAUAGCUCUUAACUUCACUCAUUGGCUAACGACUCUGAAAGGCAGAAGAAGCCAGGCUGGCUAAUUUCACAGAAACUGAUUAGGGUACUUGCACAUUUUUUUAAAAAAUGAAGUUAUGAUAUUGAGAUGUACAGGACUUGGUGGAUUGUUUGAACGAAAGACUUUGUUCCGAUAUACAAAACUAGGCCAAGACCAGCCAGCCCCUUUGGAAGGAAGCAGCCUCGGCCAAAGAACAUAAAGAAGAAGAUAUAGAAGAAGAUUGGCAAAAUAAAUUAUUGAACUAUGCAGGACAAAUUAUUACAAAAAAGGGCAAUUGUUCAAUGCAUAUUUUUAAAGCUUUGUGUACAGAUUUUUACAUCAGUGUAACUUUUAAAAGUCACUUGUAAUAAGAUGAAGAAGGUUUUAAAAUUGGGUUGUUAAGUAUAUAAGGUUUUAUGGACGUGCUUAAACAAGUAUAUUACAAUGGAACCAAGAGGGGAAGUGGACUGAAAAUUUAUGGUUUAAUUUGGUUAUGAUUUUUUUCUGUUUUUUCCCCCCGUAUUGUUAUUUUUGGAAAAUUAAUAAAUUGUUAUUAAAAAAGGGGGGGUAUUUGCACAUUCUGCAACAUAGCUUUCUUUCUUGGAGGGCUAGAGACUUUCCUUUUCCAAGACAGCUCAGAGUCUGGGGUCCCUUCCAGAGGGGGCCAGUGAAGGCCUUUGCAGGCAUCAUGGGUUGGCAACCUCUGGGCUGAGGGGUAGCCCUUCAAAAAGUUGCUGGGACUCCAGUUCCCAUCAUCCCUGACGAUUGGCCACGCUGGCUGUGGCUGAUGGGUGUUGGAGUCCCACAGCAACUGGAGGGCACUGCAUUGACUUAACCGCUGCAGGAAGUUCCGGGUGCUGAGGUGAAGAUGCCAUAGCAACAGGAGGGAGAAAUUAACUUUGCAGAGGCAGAAGUGGAAGACAUGGCUGCGAGGGAAGAGAUAGUAAUGAGCAAGGGCAGGCAGACUUAUUGACUAUUGUGAAACAUUUAGGGAGGGAACGGUAUGAUUCUGAGGUACUUCGGGUAGGUGAAAUGAAGGAGCUUGUGAGCAGUAGGCUGUGAUUUCUUGUAAGUGAUUUCUCCCUGUUAUUUCUUCACCCUUAUUGCUGACAGGAAUUCAGUGUGGAGGUGGAGAAGUCCUUUUUCUACACUCUGUACCAUUCCCUUCACCACUACAAGUACCACACAUUUCUGCGUUGUAAGGAUGAGGUGAGUAAGAACCGUAUCAUUUUACUUCCAUCACCUGGGAUCCCUUUUUCCUACGGAUAGAGCUCCCCCCCACCCCCCCGUAAAGAAGUGAGGAGUGGGAAGGUCUGAGGUGAAAUCCAAGCUGCACAAACUCCUCUGUCUUGGCUGUGCUUAUUUGGCGCAAUGAAAACACGUCUUUGCACAAAUAAUUCCAGAGGCUGCUGCAUUCUCUGGGAGACAGGUGCUCUUGGGGGGAAACGGCCAACCAAGGUGACUGGAAACUUGUUUCUUAAUUUUUUUAAAAACAGAUUUUUGUGGCAGCUGGGCUUUCUGGAAUACCUUGGGUAUGCUGGCCUUGUUAGAGGCAGGGUGUCCCUUGCAUUGAGGAGAAAGAGAUCAAAUUGCAAGGCUCAGUCAUCUUUUCCAAGGUCAUCUUUUCCAACCCGCUUUUUGCCCAAAGUGGAACUCCAACCCACAAUCCUGAAAUUAAAAGUCUCAUACUCUACUGACUUAUCCAUGGUAUUCAGUUAAGGUUUUCUCAGAGUUAGACCCAUUGAAAUUAAUGAACACGGCUAAAUUAGGUCCAUUAAUUUCAGUGGUUCUACUCUGAGGAGAACCUAGCUGAAUGCCAAAAAAAAAAAUCAUCCCCAUUGUCUUAACCCAUAACAGUGUGAGUUGACAACAGUAUGGUUGGUGAUACCGUGAAAUGUCUCCUCAGUCCUUACGGUAGAACUUUGAGCUUUCACUCUUAAACUGAGGAUGAUGUAUAUACUGCAGGGUGUGCAGAUCAUAGAGGUGCAAAACGUGAAAUUGGGUUCAGCAUUCAGCUACUAUUUUUAGAAAAAAGUUUAUUGUCCCUGUUGUUGCAAAUAUAUCCUUGUAACUUUGUGAUCAUGGCCUAGUAAAAUCUAAAAAGCCAGAGAGGUGGUAGGAUAGGAUUUCCAGUGGCUAGAGGGAUCUGCCACAGGUAGUUUGCAUUACUUUUGUGCUACCCCUAUAUCUAACAAAUCAAGAAUGAACUUGUGCAUUGUAGGGGGUUGAAGUAAAUGGUCCUCAGGGACCCUUCCAACUCUACAAUUCUAUGAAGUUAUUGAGUGGCAUAGGGAGUGAGGAAUUGCAUGAAGGUGCAUAAUUCAUACGGGCGCCUUCCAUACCAGCUUUUCAGUGCCUGCUGAAAACUUUUCUAUUCCCCCAAGCCUAUGCAGACAAUCAAGAGCACACAACGGUCUCUUGAUGUUUGCUUUCAACUUCCUUUUGCUUCUAACUUGUUUAUGACUUUAUUGCUUGACUAUGUUUUUAUGGUGCUGUAAACCACUGUGCUACGUUUUUACGACACAGCGCUAUAUAAAUAUUUUUAUAAACAAACGAAACACAACUUCGCUUUCUCCGGGUUGCAGAAUUUGGUUCGCCUGGUUGCGGAAUCCGUUUGUUUUCAUAAGCCCCGUGAGUCCCAUGCUGCCCACAUGUGCGCGCGUAAUGAAGCCUCUUAGCUAACGUUUUGUCCUUCUCUUGGGGGGCGGGUGGGGCUCUCCUUCCGCAGACAACGGCGAUCGAGGGUCAGGACGAGGACCUGGGCCAGGAAGAAGUGGUGCAGCAGUGCAUGCGCAACCAGCCGUGGCUGGAGAAACUGUUUGACUCCUUCAGCGAGUUGCUGACUCAGGCACAGAGCAAAUGUGCGUGACGCAGCCGCCGGAGCCACGCCCCGGGAGGGGCCACCUAACGCCCGCCCCUCUGCAGAGCCAGAGCAGGAAGUGGGGAGAGGAAGGUCGAGGGGUACCAUCACAGGCAACGAGUUCAGACUCAGCUUACCAUCGCCAUCACCACCACCACCACCCCUUCCCUUUUCAGGUUUUCUUUUCUUUUUUAAAAAACCAGGACCUGGGAUGCGCCUCUUUAUUUUUAUUUUUGGUGGUGGGGUGCGCGGGAGGUUUGUGAUGGCAGAGAGCACACGUUGAGGAGGGUUCUCAUCAAAAGGAGCGGAUGGCUGGACAGCCCCCUUUCCCCUUUGCCCUGGCUGUACAGAGAAAUAUUAUUUAUAUAUAAAUGUAUAAAUGUCUAAUUGGAGCAGCCUCGCCCCCUGCUCUGGUGGGGACUGAGAGUAGGAGGACCCCCAUAGGAAGGUCAGAGGAGUGUUGGUGCCGGGAUCUGGAGCUUGUGGGGAUGGGAUCCAGGAGCCGUAGGUUUCAUUGGGGUGACGGGGUGGGAAUGGGGACGCGUGUGUUUUGGCGGGCAGCGUGAAUAAACACAAGAGGGUCCAGGGUACCGUCCUGCUUCUUGUCCAUCAGGAACUUCUGCUUCUCCCUAGGGAAAGCCGAGUGUGUGUGUGGCAAGGGGUGUAUUUAGCACAGUGCCCAGAUCCUUUUAACCACAGUCUGACCAGGCAAUGAGACCCCACUUCCUCUCCCUGCCCGCAGACAACUCUCAUCCCAUCUCUGCCAAAUAAACUGUUGCUUUGAGUUGAGGCUGGGGAGAGGCACUCCACUCACACACUCACAGCGAUUGCCUCUGUUAUUGCUUCCAACAGGAAUAUUUAUUGCCAAGUUGCCCCUUCCCAACCAAACGGUUGCAAAGAGCCACCUCCCAACCCACUCCCACAGGCCGUCUCUGGAGCACCUUCCUUCUUCACUCAGUCAUUUCCGUGGGGGCGAUUGCUGCUGGUGGACCUGCCACGAGCCACUCUCCCCCCCUUCUUUUCUUUUUGCCCGCUGAGUUUGGGGUUCUAGCUCUUUGGGACAUGUGGAGCAUCUCUCCACCCAUAACCCUUCUGAAUAGGUAACCAUAAAUGGGGGGGGGGCAAAGCGAUACCCAUAGCAACCCGUCUGUAUCAAGGCUCCCUAAAUCUCUCUCCUUCCCAUCCCUAUCACUUUCCCCCAUUAAAAAAAAAGACUGUUCAGACUUUCUCAACUGGCCCUCACACGGAUCACGGAAAGGGGUGCACUAGGCCGUAGUUAUGUCCCUCUGUGCUUUUCUUAGAACUGAGCUCCUUUGAGGAAAGGACAAUUCCCUUCCACCCCCUUCCUCGUGGUGUUUGACAAGGCAGGAUUCUGCUCCCCAUCCCUCCCCUCAGCUGUAUAUACUGUAUAGGAUAAAAAGUCUAUGUAUCAUAUUGUAUUUGACUAACUUGAACUUAACGAUACGCAGGAGUUUCUCUCUCUCUCUUUCUCUCUCUCCUCACCUGUAGCUGUGACGUUAUUUGGUUUGGACUGAAACUUUUCAUUAGGAGGUCGUUAUUAUUAUUAUUUUUAAUCACCAUUAUUGUUGUUGUUGUUAUUGAGGGGGAAGGGAGAUUCUGUGUCCCUCACCCCGCAGCCUCCUAAGCAAAGAUCCCUCUCUAACCCUGAGCUGAAAUGCUAAAAUAAACUCUCUUUAGAUAGACAAUUAGGUCCUUGCCCUGUUUCACACACUUUCCGCUUGCAGCCCAGCCCGGUCAUUCAGCCAGCCUCUCUCAUAUAUCACCCAAACACACCCAUAGCCCAGCCAGUUAGCCACCUUGGCAUGUUUUCUCCUUUGGGUUUUCCUAGUGACCUCCCAGAUCCAUCUCACAUCUCCACGUAGAUUCCCCUGCUAGAUCAGAUUCCCCCCCCCAACCAACGUCUACCUCAUUCCCACUCCCCGAGACUACUUCUGAUUUCUCUGUACCAGCCCAGUCUCCCCACGGUUCAGUUUUUGUUUCUUCUUUGCUUUUCUCUACCGUCAAAAGGUUGCAGGUUUGAUCCCCAUAUGGGGCAGCUGCAUAUUCCAGCAUUGCAGGGGGUGCUGAAAGCACCCACCCACCGGUUUGAUUUAUUUUUUUUAAUCAUGGUUCCCACACACUUCUCAUGGAGGAAGUGCAAAAAAGGUACUCUAGGGUGGAGGAGAAAACAGAUCCCACCUUGAAUAAUGGAUGAUUGUCAGAGAGGUUGAAGGAAGUCUAAAAGAGAAAAUAUGUGAUAAAUUUAGAUUGGAUACUAUAAAUGUAUGUUGGAAAAUUUAAUUAAAAAUUUAAAAAAACAGAUCCCACCUCAGAAGAGGGGUUGGUCCCAUUGCCCCAGCGGAGCUUCUUCAGUUAAGUUUCUGGACAGCACAGAAAUGUGUUGGGGGCCCAUCUGGCUGUGUUAGAUCAGGGUCCCUUAUAUAUACACAACUCUCCACAUCCCCCUGGAUCCUACCCCUUCCCCUUAAUUAUUUAUUGUGGAUGAGUAGAGGUUGGCAAGUGUGAUUGUGAGAGUGCAUGGAGGGGGGUGGAACUUGCGUGUACAUGAGCUCCACUCAGAAUGGAGUGUUUUUAAAGGGGGGAAGAGGGUUGACUGGCUUCCUUUUGGGUAUUUUAAAAGCUUGCAAUUUAGUUUUUAACAGCUUUUUCCCUCGCAAACCCGGUUUACUGAUAGCUGUUGGGCCUUAGAGGCGACGGACUGUAGCUUGAACCUGUGUGUGGAGGUGGGGUUAGUAAGUUGAACAUGGGGUUUGGGAAACGAAGGGAUGGGGGGACAUACACGUGGUUUGUUUUCAAGGGACAUUCAGAGCCUCGAUACCUCCUGGAACGACAGACUCGCACCAUCAAUUUCAUGCAAAAUUUUGCUAAGGCGUUUGCCCCCUGGACGGAGGGGCCAAGCAGCCCAAACCCUGUGCACCAGAAUUGGAAGGGCCCAGCUCAGAGUUGUUUAAGAAUGUGUGUGCGCACACACACAAACACACCCCACAGCUUCCUGUGACGAAAAGACUUCUCCUCCUCCCCCACCCGCCCCAAAUUUGGAUCUUGGAAGGCCCCCUUUUUUACGAUGUGUAUUUCUGUGUAUCUUGUUCGCGCCUCAAGGGUAUUGUUCUGAGAUAAUGGGAUUUGUGUUCUGUAUUAUUGGAUGUUCCUAUAUAUUUUUAUUGUUUAUUAUUAGUGUCUGAGACGUUUUUUUCUCUCAAUAUGUAAAACUCACAUUGUAUACUGUGUACACAAACAAAAUGACAAAAAACACUUUUCUUUGC